UGUAUAUCCUCUCAGCCGUGGCCCUUUAUGAAGAAGUUCCAGGAGACUGGAUGAGUAUUUCUUGUGGGGUGCUACAGAGCACUAUAUUAUCCCCAAUUCUAUUUGACAUCUAUAUUGCGUGUGGUCAGCAGGAGAUUUGGAACUAGAUGUAAUUAGUACAUUGAUGAUAUCCAGUGCUCUUUCUCUCUAACAUCUGGAUCAGAAAUGGAUGAAAAGGCCAUGGACCAGUGUCUGGACGCAAGCAAAUAAACUGAAUCUGAAUUCUGGCAAGACAGGGACUCUAUGGUAGAGUGGUUCCCAGGUCUGGGAAAUUGCCUGCCCUGGAUGGGAUUGCAUUCUACCUGAAGGGGCAGAUGCAUAGUCUGGAGGUGAUCCUAGAUCCAUCAGUGGAGCCACAGGUGUCAUCAGUGACUAGGAGUGCUUUGUUUUACCAACUUCGGCUGAUAAAGACAGCUGUGACUGUUUCUGGACUGAACUAGCUUGACAACAGAUGUCUGCGCAUUGGUAACCUCAAGGCUGGAUUCCUGCAAUGUGCUGUAUGUAUAGUGUGCUGUAUACUUGAGGUUGGUCCAGAGUCUGCAGCUAAUGCAGAAUGUGGCCCCUAGUUUGCUUGUGGGGGCAAACUAACACCAGCAUAUCACACCUUGGUUAGAGAAUUUGUGCUUGCUGCCAAUCUGCUACUGGGCCAAGUUCAAGGUUUUGAUACUAAUAGAUAAAGUCCUACACCACUCAGAAUCUGGUUAUGUUUUAUAUAGCCAGUAGGUCUCUGAAUUUUGCAGGUGAGGCACUGUGUGUUCUACCAGUGACUGGGCUUAGUAAUGGAGCAGGAAACUGAGAGUUAGUCCAGACAAGACAGAGAUAUCAUUGGUGGGUGCUUCAUCUGUCAAGGCUGGUGUAUUCAACUUAUCCUAAAUUAUUUUGCACUUACCCUGAAGGAGCAGGCUCAUGGAUAGGGUGCAUUGUGUGUGCUCCUAGAUCUAGUAUUGUCGCUGAGCAUCAGGGGGCUUGGUGGGAUGGAGUGCUUUUGUCCAUUUCAGCUGCAAUCCUAGGUGAGCAGAGAUAGUGUUGCAACAGCUACCCAUCCUCUGGUAACCUCCCUGUUGGAUUUCUGAAGUGUGCCUUCCUUACCUGCCCAGACCUUGAGAACUUUCUCAGAGGCCUGUCUCCAGGUUCCCCAUAUAAUGAAGUGAGGUGAAUAACUGCUAAGGAUCAAGCUUUUUCAGUGGCAAAAACCCCUCCGCAGAGAGGCUCAGCUUGUCUUCUAGUUACUAGGAGAAAAGCUUCCUGUUCCUCCCAGGCCUUCUUAAUAUUCCAUUGAUUGCUUUAGUUUUUGGACCAUGUGCCCUUGGCUGGUUUUAGUGCUGGUUUUUGUUGUUUAAAUCAUUUUAGUGGUCGCGCCAUGUGGCAAUUCUAGGAGGUUUUUUGUUGGUCUUCUUGCUUUUGUAAUUAUUCUUCAUGUAAACUAUCCUGUGAACUUGGUUGGAUGAGCAGCACACAAAUGUAAAUAAAUAAAAUUCUGCCCUGAUCUUUUCAGCUGCCAAUUUCCUGCCUCUUUUCCUUAGGCUCUUAGCAGUUCCUCACCUUCUUAUCUAAUAGCAGUGGCACCUGCUUUUGUGACGCAUUUCCUCAAGCAUGUGCCAUUCCCCUUCUUCCCAGACCCUCAGACUGCCAUCACCACAAAUCUCUUUCCUUACCUGUUGACAUUGUUUAUGUCCUUCUUUGGAUCAUGCCUGUAAUCUGAUCUUUCAAUUUCUGCAAACAUAACCCAUGUCUGAUUGCAACAGAACUGUUACAGCUUGCAGGAUUUGGCAUUGCCUUGUUGAAUGAUCCCAUAAAAACCAGAGCAGAUGGCUGCCUUUAAAGCAGCCGUUUAUAUAGUGUAGCACCCUUUCUCUUUUAUCUUCUCCUUGCAUUUAAAUCAUUAAACAAAAAGAACUGCCCUUCCCCAGCAAUUCCAAAAUCACAAGCACAAAAGAACAGAUUCAGGCCUUGGUAACUGUUUUGAAUGGCCGCUGAAAUGCUCAUUGGAGAAGAUUAAUUUAUGUUUGAUGGGUGUUUGAAAUCGCCUUGUGGGCUAAAAUAAACAGUUGGGCUUUUUUAAAAAAAUAAAAUAAAAAUCUGUUAUAAUUUUGCUGUCAAAACAUCUAUAGAAUGCUUGUACCAGGAUGCACUUUCUCUUUGUCUCUAAGAAUUGUUUUUCCUGUGCAAUAUUCAGUAGUCAUUGAUCAAGAGAUGCUGGCUGAUCUUGAGGGUAAACAAUUUGGUAAUACCUUGUAAGACAGGGAAGCUCAAAUUUCCCUCGUCCAAGAACAACAAAGCCAAACUGAGCAGGGUUGUGUUUUCGUGGGGGAUUUUUUGCACCUGUUUCCUGACAAGGGAUUUAACAGGGAAGGAGUGGUAAGUGGGGUGACUAUCUCUAGCAACCCAUCCAAUGCAUGGCUCUGACUCUGGCAGGCUGAUGACAUUCUUGAAGAGGCACCAUCUGCUUACCAGCAUGGCUGGCAGCUGAAAAAACAAACUCAUUACACCUGUAGUAAAAGGUAAACUGAUCUGACAAUUGCAUAUGUGGACCCCGUCAAUUACUGGGUAUAUAGUGGUUUUAGCGAAUGAGAUGGCAGGGUGGGGGGAGUUGGCGGAGGAAAGGAAUUGCAGCUUGGCAGGAGUAGGUGAGACAAAGAAAGGUUAUUAUACAGCUUAUAUUUUUCCAUGAAGCUCACUUGUUUUUUCCAUAAUAAAAAAAUUCCUUCCAGUAGCACCUUAGAGACCAACUAAGUUUGUUAUUGGUAUGAGCUUUCGCAUGCAUGCACACUUCUUCAGUUUUUUCCAUGUUACCUUUCUGUUCUAUGUGAGGAAAUAUUGGGCAAGUCUAUGGUGUACAUUUGCUUAGAUAAAUCAAUUGAGAUACAUCAAUUUUCAUAUACAAUUUAAUAUUCAGCAUUCCUGGUGUUUAAAACGUUUAAACUGGCAACUGUGAAAAAGCUCAUUAUGAUGCACAGAUAAGAAAUGGAUAAACAUAAAUGGAAUUUUAUCUUCUUUUUAAAAAAAAAAAAGUCAGCUGCAAUUAGAAGUUCUUCACAUCCUUAGAAGUAAGUCAUAUUGAGUGCAAUGGGGCAUACCGCCAGGUAAAUGUGUUCAGAAUUGCAAAUUUUCAAUAAAUAUGCAUUUUUAAAAAUGUAUAGCAAAAAUCAAGACAAAAGAAUUCAGUUCAAGCCAAGUGUUCAAAACUCCCUGGGUGCCAGUCGCUGCUGCUGUCUCUCACUCCUGCUUGUGCAGCCCACCUUCAUUUGGGAAAGCGGAGACUUUGAGCUCUUCAACCUGGUGGAGGAGGUCCUGAAAAACUUCUACUCCUGGUGGUUGGUCAGGAAUAGUGCACAGCGUUAUAGUUAAUUGCUGUAGCUUGUCUUUGCUUGCCCUACCCCACUACCCUGGGGUUAUAAACGGUCCGUGUCACCAUUAAGAAAAAUAGGUAGGAAAAGGCCAAUACAUAUAAGAACUGUCCCUUAAUUAAGUGACUUUUCUUCUUUAAGUUCUCAAAGUUCUUAACCUAGCUGAAGGUUGUCAUCUGCACUAGCCAGAUGUUUAACUGACAAUCAAUCACAGUCAGUCCAUCAUUCGAAAAAUAAGACUUUAAAGCCAUCUUGCCCCAAAAUGGCAACUAGACAUUCCAUUUUGGUGACUGUAACCUAGGUUUAAGAAGCCAUUUGGUCCCCAUCUUAUAUAUCUGAGUUCCUAAUACUAUUCAAGGAUGCUGUCUUACUGCCACAUCAAAUGUUGUCUGAACACCAGCUCUUUGCUCUGCAAAGUUCAUCUGAAAAUGUUAAUACAUGAAAUAUACUCGGAGUCGAGUGUGAAUUUCAUGCUCUUUAUUCAGCUCAUAGUAGCAAUGAAUGAAUCUUUCCCCAAAACAUCUAGCUAUAUAUACAUUAUUUACACAAUGGGCCCUGCGUGAUUGGCUAGUUCCGGGCUGCUCCUGCAGGCAAAUCAGGUCGCUGAUUCACUUCCACCUGGAGCUGGAUUGGGUGGCUCCUGCGGACGAAUCCGACUGCUGCAUUCUGGAUCCUAUUGUUCUAGGAUUCAGCUCAGUACAUAACAUACAGCUUAUCUUUGUUUCAAACAGCAGCCAUUAGAAACUUGUUUUGAGUAGCAAAGGAAUCUCUCUGGUUCUUUCCUAGCUGAAUUGGUUUCCACACAGUUUAGGGAAAUGAUGAUAUCUUCUAAUCUCAUGCAUCUUGUUGCACUCUUGAGCAGCAGAAACAGGCUCAACAGCAACAAAUAGUAGCAGCGGGAGGGAAGUCACCCUUCUGCCAUUAGCAUCGUUGCUGCUAACCUAGAUGAGCAGGCAAGUCGUUCUCCCCCACCCUCAGUUCCCAUCUAUAAAAUGGGAGGUCUCAGUCGCCUCCCUCGCAGCUUUAUUAUGAGGAUGGCAUAAUUAUGGCAAAGUAGUUCAAAUACAAAUGAGUGACAUGGAAAUGUGAUAAACAGUAAAAAUAAUAAUAAUGAAGAAAUGGCCCAUGAGUAUAGUUUUGCCAAGGGCCUACACUUUCCCUCAAGGAGCGUUAUAUUUAGUGAUUUGGUAGCAAAUGAAUUGCCUGUGUGAAAUCUUCCAAGGUUAAUCAUAUUCAGCGGCAUUUGUUUAAAUAUAUUUGUUUUAAUUAAGAGAAAGGAUUUGCACGCUGGGGGUGUGUUCACAUUUCAAGAUCCCUGAACUCUGUUGCGGUAGGAAUAAUUACAGCCCGGGAGUUUUAUGUGUCUCUGCAGUGUCCUUUUGAGAUAUUUAGAUGGCUUCUGUUGAGAUGAAAGACCGUAUGGAUUUCUUUUCCUCUAUUAAUCUGGCACAGAAUACCAGACCUCCUGGGUCAGUUUGCUUACCAGCAGUGUUUGUCCCUGCAGUUUAAUCUGCAGAUGUUGGCUUGGCGCAUAUGACAUUGCAGAGGAGAAGAUGCUUCAGCCUGUCUGGUUGUGGGGAUGCACAUCAAGCAUAUUAACAUCUUCCAAAGGCCACCUUGUGGUUCAUUGUCAACAAUGUAUUUCUUCUCGCCUUUUGUGAUUUCUCAUAAUAAAUUAGUUGUGCUUCCAAAAAAACAGUGCCAAGGGAACAAAGCAAUCAGUGACACCAUCUGCUGCCAGCAGGUUUGUGUGUUGAAGGAGCUGCAUAUCUCCAUCACUCAGGAAUGUCGACGGACCCUGAUGCUGGCAGCAGUCCCUUGCUUCAAAGCCACAGGCCUGGGCUUGUGUGAGUAGAUCAGCGGGGAAAUGGCUUUGUCAGACUAAGGUGAAUAAAUAGGUUUGGCAGUGGCAGGCUGGAAGCAGACAUAACGGGCCCCUUGGGUGCAAUGUUACUAUCAUAAGUUAGAUGCUUAAGGCUGAAGCAGAUCAAACAAAAUGUGAAAAAUUACUGGCCGCAUACUUUAUGAAGGCCAUUAGACUUUAAUGCUGUACUAUCUAAAUUCUUUUGAUCUUUCCCAAGAAGAAACUUUUGAUCCUGAACAUGGGAGUCCAUUCAAAGGCAAGUGUGUGAGUGUACAAUCUGAGAGCUAUACAACCAUUUUUCAAUAAAUGCUAAGCCAACUCUAUCCUUAACUCUGAAAUUUAAGAUACAGCCUGCAGUGUAUCUUAACACAGCUCAAGAGGGAGAAUACCAACACCUGCAAUUUUAUUUUAUUUUUGUAUUUCCUUGUGUGCUGAAAUUUCCCAUUGUCUAACUUAGCAGACAAUUUAUAUCACCAUGCACAUAAUGUCUGGAGAUACCUUCAAAACUGAGUUUAUAUUCCGCUAUUGGCUGUCUUCUCAAAGCAGGCUACUUUAGAAUGAUGUAAGCUGGAUAUGGCUCAGGUUGCUGUCCACUUUCAAAAUCAGUGCCGGCAUGAGGUUGAGCAUUAUGCACCAUCUGUUUCUGUACAAAGACUCUGAUGUACCUGGAGCAGUCUGCACCAAGGUGUUAUUUGAUAAUCCCUGGAAUACAAAAAAUAAAAACGAAAUGAAAGGAUGUAAUUCAGCAAACAUCACUCAUGGACAUUGAAGUUUAGAUUCUAAUUUUUCUUCAGAUGCCCUAAGUACUCAGCUGCCUGGCUUAUGCCACCUUCGCUCUUCUGUGAUGUUGAAAUAAUUAAGCCAAUAGCAGCUAGAGGGUCUGUGACACUUCUUUCUGCAGAAUGUCACUGUGACGCCAGAGCAGUUCAGCCAAUGGCAUCAAGUGGGAGCAGAUAAUAAGACCAAGUAGAAAAUGCUGUGAGAACAAGGAAGUGAAUCUACAGGAGAAUGAAACUUGCAGACCAUCAUACUGUUGGACCGUUAGCUAAAUUGUUCUGUAUUAAUACAGAGCCGUUAUUGGUGACACUGAAGUAAAUACCCGCUAUUGUCAACUCAUAAUUCAUAUGUUGAAUGCAAGGGAAAGCAAAUAUACUUUGUUCUUAUGGAAUGCCUAUCUGAGUAGAUUAUGUUUAUGUUUGAUGAGGCUUUACAACAUUUAUUUUUGGGAUGCCACAGCAAGGAAACUGCAUGUUUUAUGAAUCAGAAAAUUAAUGCUCCCAUCACAGACCCUUUUUCACCUACAUGUCCGCCUCUCUGUUGACAUACUAUUCCUUUACAGUUUGUCAGUUGACUUUGGUAUAACAAAAUUAAUAUUUUACCAAGUGGGCCAGUGAUCAUUCUUCAUCCUACAUACCAUUUUGUCUCUCUCUCUGUUUUUCUAGUGGUUUUACUCUUCAUGCCUCCAGUGGUGGGCUUUGGCAAGGCAUGGCAACAACUCUUUCAGUCCCAAAGCUGCAUUGAGUGUUUGCAUCAGGAUAGAGAGACUUAAUCUCUGUCUUCAGCUAUUGUUAAGCUCAUGUUCACCAGAUCAUUCACUCAGGCAUGUCUGUGCAACAAAUAUAAACUACUUUAAAAUCCUAGGAACUGUAAUUCUUUGCAAGAGCUGAGAGACUUUUAUCAUAAAAUCUCAGCACCCAGUUCCAAAGUAUAAGGACGCUUCAGGAAUUAGGUAUUUUGUGUGAGUGUGUGAAUGCUGUUAUGAUCUCCCCUGAUCCAGUCUCGCAGGAUAAUGUUUCACUUGGAAUGCACGUUCUGCCCUAGGGCUGGGUGAUAUAUUGUCCAAAACCAUUUUGAAGUGCAUAUUGUGAUAUCAGUUUCAUAAUUUUUGACCUAGCAAUAUAUUGUGAAUUAUGAGGUGUGUGAGCUAUGCAAAAAUCACAAUGUGGGGAAAACCGUGAAGCUGGCCAUGGUGGCUGAGACCAUGAAAGUUAAACCAAUAAUAAACUGGUUUACAUUUUUAAAAUUUAUAUUUGUAUCCUGCCUUAUCCUUGCAAUCAGUGAGUCUUAGAGCUAUUUCAUCAAAGAGGUCAUUACAUGUUUGGCCUGAAAGAUCAAAUGAGAGACAGACAUCAAAGGUGGUGUUAGUUCUCCUCAGAGUAAACCUAUUGAAAAUAAUGGACAUGACUACCUUAACAUCCAUUAUUUUUACAGCUGUACUUUGAGAAGCACUUAGUGGAAAAUAAUUGUGUUGAAUUGAAUCCAACGGUCUAACGUUCCCUAUUUCUUCUUUCAGCCAAGAAGACCUGUGCAGAAAGUGAUUUCACUUGCAACAACGGUCACUGCAUUCCUUCCAGGUGGAAAUGUGAUGGUGAAGAGGAAUGCCCAGAUGGGUCUGAUGAAUCCGAAGCCUCAUGCAGUGAGUACUCCUGCUAACUGGUUAUGGAACAUAGCUUUAUAGCUGUUUGAAAAGUGGACUGAUAAACAAAAUAAAUUAUAUAUCAUGUGCACAUGCGUGUGAGUUCCCCCUCUCCAUACCGCUGUCCUGAAAGCAAUCAGUGAUGUGGUUUUAUUAUUAUGUCUGGUUGAGGUCAACAAAUGAUACGUUGUGCACAAGUUAAAUCUUGCCUCUUACUCAGGACUUAGCAGUUUACCUCUAGAAACUUGCAAAGCUAACCCUAAGCCUGGGGUGGGGAAUCUUUGGCUUGUGGGCCUGAUUAAAUCUGCCAAUCCUCUCCAAUUGUCCCACCAGGUCACUUUGGCCAAGUCAUGUCCACUCGCCAGGCCAAAAUACGGGGCUUUACAGUUGGAUGAAUUUUAUGUGAUUAGCCAGUUCCUUAUGACAUUUUCCACUUUUAUAUUUUAAUUAUGUUUAUUGUGAUUUUAUAUUUGUUGUGCACCACUUGAUGUUUUCUGUAGAGUUUAGCGGUAUAUAAAUAUAUAUUUUAUUAAAUAAAUAAAAGCUUUCUCCUUUUGCUUCUGUAGAUAAUUUCAUUUGAAAAAUGUGAUUACGGGAUUCAAAAUAAGGAAGAUUUUAUGUUCAGACAUUGCUUUGCAUAUGCACUCAGCUAAAAAACACCCCCCCACCACCAUUCAUUGCUGACAGUUCUUUUUUUCAGAAGAUUGAUUGUAAUUUAAAUCUCCUUGGGCUUAUGUUGUUUCCCAAAAAGCUGUGCAAAUGGAAGACUACUGAUGCAAAUGUUUUCCACUUCCCAUGGGUAGAUUGGAAUUAUUGGAAUUUCACCAGUUCCUCUCUUUUAUAUAAUUGUCAUGCCCUUAAAUAGUAGUACUAUUGUCUAAUUCCGUCAUGAGCCACUAUGUUCAGUAGGGGUUUUUCUAUAGAUCUCAUUAGCUUUGAGUGGCACCCUGAAAGGAAUCAACCUCAAAAAUCUUUUUCAGGUUACAUGUUGUCCUUUUGAAACUGUACCAUAUUGCAUCUCUCUCCUGUUGCAUUAUAAUAGCUCUCCAAGACAGCAUGGCAUUUCACGAGUUGUACUUGCAUUGGGCAGCACAAAGCAAGCAAGCUGGAGACUUCAAGUUAAGUAAAGAAUGCUUGCAGGCAAUAACUGACAUGGAAGCCAAAUGUGGCAAAUUUCCCCAGCAGGAUAGACUCAAUUGCAAAUGUGACAUUAUUGUAAGUGUCAGGAAACACUCAGCUUUGCUUCAAUACCUUUUACCACAUUGUUAUUCUCAUCCUGUGGGACAGAUCAUCUAUUUCCCAUUGAUUUUAGAGAGUUAUUAAACAUUUACUGAUACUGACUAGAUGGGGAUUUAAUUCAAAUAAAAAUAAAAGUGUGUGUUUAAAUAUGAUUGACAUACUUUUUGUUUGGGAAAACAAACUCUGUGACUGGAUACUGAGCUAUGUGGACAUAAUGGACUAGUUACUUGGGUUGCAAGAUUUGUUUCAGGUCACACAUGUUUAAAGUAUGGAAAAGAAUAGGUAGAACAUAAAGGUAAAGGACCCCUGGUUAAGUCCAGUCAGAGGCAACUAUGGGGUGCGGCACUCAUCUCGUUUCAGGCCGAGGGAGCCAGUGUUUGUCCACAGACAGCUUUCUGGAUCAUGUGGCCAGCAUGACUAAACCACUUCUGGCACAACAGAACACCGUGACGGACGCCAGAGUGCACGGAAAUGCCAUUUACCUGUCCAUCGCAGCGGUACCUAUUUAUCUACUUGCACUGGUGUGCUUUAGAAGUGCUAUGUUGGCAGAAGCUGGGACAGAGCAACAGGAGCUCACCCCAUUGUGUGGAUUCAAAUCAAUGACCUUCCAAUCAGCAAGUGCAAGAGGCUCAGUGGUUUAGACCACAGCGCCACCCACUGGGUUGGGCAAAACACAUUCCACAAUUGGUCAAAGGUUUCUCAUUUUGUAAACAGCAUAAGGAUCUUACAUUUUAGUAGUAUAUGAUGUUACUAAUAACAGCUGCCUUGAAAUGAACAUGUGCAAAUUUUAAUCAUGCCAGAUGGAAGCAUCAGGUAGAGAAUGCUGGUGCCGUGUGUGUGUGUGUGUGUGUGUGUGUGUGUGUGUGUUGUGUGCAUUUCCCUAAUUAGGCAGCAAUGCAGAAUUGUCUUAAGAAAUAGGAGGUAGAGAGAGGGACAGAUGGCUGAAGAUACUGAAGAUGGCUCCUGCCAUGGGCUUGUCACAAGAACAGGUGUGGAGGGGAAGGUGUAGCUAUCAGAAAAGGAAGCAUUCUGCAUUAUUCAUUACUGGAUGCCCAGACCAGCAAAACAACUGGUUGGAAAGAGCAGGAAAUGGUUGUGGGCAGUGCAUAUGUCCAGCUAGAGUGCAGCUGCUGACAUGACUAUGAGUUUGCAGCAUAGAGUCUGAAGAGAAAGAGGCAAACCAGGUCCAGAACAUUUUUUUAAGGUGCUAAUAUGUUCCUCUCAUUAACUGAUAGCUAAUCUCUUCAAGCUACCACAACCCUGUUGGGCCUUCUGGGGACAUUCUCCUAAGAACUGUUAGAAGAAACUGAAUAGGCUCUAAUAAGAAUAUGCAGUUGCCCAGUGAUGACUUACUAUAUUUAUUUUAUAAGCCAAUUUUAUGUUAAAGAUAUCCAAGGUAGCAAAACAGGUGUCCUCCUCCGCUGUCCCACUCCCUCCAACCCUGUUCAUUCCCCUCUGAACACCACCAUGUGUUGCAACCUAUCUAAGUCCAUUGAAGACAGUGCAUUGAAUUUUCAAUUAUAUGCCAUUUAAGUGUGUUUCCCCAGGAUGGAUGCUCCUAGCAAAAGGGAAGAUGGUUUGUUUGACUUUGUCAGUGUGCAGUGCAAAGAGGAACGUACAAUUAUCCACCCUCUUUCCUCUUUAUUUCGUUAGCCAACUCUGCAUUGCUGCCUAAUUAAGAAAGAUACACGCUGCUUCCUAACAAAGCCCUCUUCUAAGCAGCCACAGACAGUAUCAACGUAAUCAUCUCAGCUGUGACAUUAACAUAUUUAUAAUGCACUAGGGUUUGGUCUCUGACUGCCUCUCUCCCUUUCAGCCAGAGUCUUCUUAUUAAUGCAAUGCCACUCUCCCAUUGGAUGGGCUUAAAUUAACUUAGCAGUUUCCUUCCCCAGAAUUCCCUGCCUGCAAAUCUCUCUAGCCUGAAGCAGCUAUGUUUAGACUGCACAGUUCACUGUGAGGUCCAUGAGGAUUUCAUUUGACCUCCGUCAGCCAGCGAUGCAACUCUUCCUGUAAAGAAGAUCAGCCUGCGCUAUAGAAAGGCUGAGCCUUCAGCUACCUGAGCAUUGGCUUCAGUUACACUUGCAUGCCUCUGGCUUAGUAGUCUUGCAAGAGGCUUCCAUUUCACCUUGAAGCUUACAGUGCAUUGUGACUCAUAUUAUGUUCCGGUUAGAAACAGGAAAGCUGCAUCGAGAGGAAAAACUUGGAUAUGGCUUCCAACUCCAGCUUAGCCAUGGGCUUCUUGGUUGGCUCCUUGAGCAAGCCAUUUCCUCUGGCUUUAAUGUGAAUUUUCCACUUGCUUCAUAAAGUCGCCAGUGUUUCACAGCCAUCCCAGCACAACAGCUCUAUGGCUAUCACCUUCGGUUAAUUACAGUUUGUCUACAGAGCUAACCAUUGGCAAUGAUGGGAGUUGGCAGCAAGUUGAGGAAGGCCUCUGUAGGCAGCUUUGUGGAAGGAUUUGCCACUUCAUAAAUAGAAACACAACUGCAUUAUCAGAUGCGGGUAACUUUCCCACAGAGAUCCACCACAUGCAUCUACACCAAAUCAUGUGACUGCACCGUGCUUAUCAGAAGGGCAGCUGUUUUUGUAACUGGUACGAUCCAGUGUGAAAAUGAUCGGUUUUGAACUUGAGAAUCCCUCAACUUUGGCCACUGAGUCUCCUAGGGGAACCACUACCUUUUGACCUGAGUUUUCUGUCUGUAAACUGCAAAUAGUAGUUGGAUAAAGAAAUAUUGUGAUCCACCAGGAGUCUUUGAGGACAGUGUAGCCUUUAAAUCUAUAAACCUACAACAAGUUGACUGAAGAAUUGGGAGUCUUACUCUGGACAACUGAAACUAAUCUGCCUCUGGUUUUUGAGGCAGUAUAUUUUCAUAUGUUUAUUCAUAUGCACGAGGGCUAGAGAUUUUACUUUACUAAAAAAUGACAAGUCUUCUAAAUGAGUUCCAUCUUACUUUAAAGAGGUAAAGAUUUAAAUAUUGAAUUGUGUUUAUUUAGCCCAGAGAUCUUUGUGUGUGGUCAGAAAUAAUAUAAAAGCUCUAGGAAAUAUAAUAUUGGCUAAUGAAUUGUGAUAGUGCUAGUGAAAGCUCAAAGGGGUAGGACAAAAAGUGAGUACAAAAGGUGAGUCCAAAGGUCUUAUGUGUGCAUGUGUAUAUAAUGAAAUCCAAGGAUGUGAGCUGCAUACUUUCCCCAUCCACUUUCCCUCUUAUUACGUACACACAAUGCUCUAACAGAAAACAGUAGAAAUUGCUUUAUGCAAAUGUAAUCUGAAGACCCGCAGCAUAAAUAGAAAGAAUAGGGGGGAAAUCACUAUAGCCUUUUAUGAAUCCAUAUUAAUUUCACUAGAGGAUAUAGCAGGCAACCAUUGAUGAAUGAGUCAUCUGUCCACAGCAAUCGGUUCAGUUAAGCUGCACAUUUAUAUGAACUAAUGUAUUUAUGUAUUUAAAGCAUUUAUAACUCGCCCUUCCUUUAUACCAGCCUGACCCAAAUCUGGUGCCCUUCAGAUGGUUUGGACCACAAUUCCCAUCAACUCCAGGCAGUACAGCUGUGCUAGCUGAGGCUGAUUGGAAAUGCACUCUGGGUUGGGGAAGGCUGAUACCAUAUAGAGACCAGGGUAGGAUAUAGAACAAAUAAUAAAAUAAACAAUUAAUAUUAAAAUGCGCAGUCAAGCAUAUAGGACAGUGAAAAACAACCGAGCAGGUUAAACAGUCAGCAACUUAUGAAACUAAGUUUCUGCUCGUCAGACUCUUGAUUCACAUAGCCUGGUAUUGUCCAGUUUGAGGGUAGCCAAUGUGGUGCCUUCUAGAUGUUGUGGUCUCCAACUCCCAUCAUCUCUGACAAUUUGCCUUGUUGAUUGGGGCUAAUGGGAGGCAGAGUUAAAUAACAUAUUCUCGUUGAUGGGAGCUGAAGUCCAACACCAGCUGCUUUGACUGGCAGCUUUACUCUUGACUGGCAGCAACUCACCAAGAAACUCAGGUGGAAAUCAGGGAUUAAACCUAGAACUUGUCUCUUUCACUGGUCUUCAACAGUGCAAAUUGUGUUUUAUCUAAAGAAAGAGGGUCCCUAUGCGAACAGUCCCAUGACAUGCAUGCCACUUUAGUCUGCUAAUGGCAGAUAGUAUGACAGAAUCCUCCCUGGGGAAAGGACCUAGACAUAAGAUUUCAAUACAUAAGGGGUGAAGACUAAGCCGGAACUUUUCCUGGAGUCAUCAUGCAAGUCUUCUACAGGGAUAAUUAUUUAUAGAUGUAUAAGAUUUUUAGACUACUUUUAUUCAAAGGUCCCAAAGCUGUUUCCAACAAUAAAAAUGCAGAUUAAAACCAGAUAUAAUUUGAACAAUAUAGAAUAGGGCAACCUAAAGCACCAGGGCAAACUAAACAACUUUUCCAGAAGCCAAGGAGAACUGAUAGGUCUUGACUUGAUGACAGGAAGCCAGCCACAACACUGACAUCUGUACUUCUGGGGGAGGAGUGUUCCUAAGUUGGGGCAAACUCGCUAAGGAGGCACUGUCUGGUGUCUAGCAUGGCAAGUAAUACUCAUGGUGAUACUGCAAGCAAGACCUCCCUCCCCAAUUGAUCUCAGGUUCUGGGGUCACUGAUAUGGAGAAAGAGAUUCCAUCAGAUAUCCAGAUUCCAAGUCAGGGCCUUAUACACCUUUAACUGAGCCUAGUAGCAUAUAGAUUUACCCUUCAGUAUUUCAGCUACCCCUUUUCUCUCAUACUAUGCUAUAGUGAAACAAAGUUUAUGUUGCCCUUGCAAUUCUUCCCUAAGUCAGUUCUUUUUAGAGUUUGUUCAUCAAAUACUAUGAAUAUAGUAGCAGUGUCAAAUUUCUGUUAUUCCACUAAUGCAUUUGAGUAGUUCAUAAACAAGGACAGCAGUAAAAAGCUUGAUGGGAUCACUUUUAUAGCUGUUAUGAAUCUUGCACCCAUUCAAGUGAAAGGGUAGAGGAUGUGAGGGCAUUGAUGAUUACAAUUGUAGUACUAUCCUAUUUUUAAAAACAGAAGAGGCUUUGGGUUGUACUGAGACAAGUUUUAGGCAUCAAGUUUUUAAAUUGACACCCCCCUCCCCCAGCAAGUUUAACAUAAUUGUCUCCAGAAAGGGGUGUUUAUUUCAUUGCUUUCAGAAGAAUCCUGGCUUUGGUAGUGGCAAAUGCAGUAUGCUUUCAAGUAAUAGAUGGAAGCUUGGCAUCUUCCUCUGAACAGGAGAUUUAAUGUGACUAGGAAUGAUUUUCUGUAAAUCAAUUAAAAUUUUGGCUGUAUGUACAGAUCUUGAUUAAUGGUGCACAAGAACAGUAAGUGAAUACAAAAAGUGUGUGAGUUUUAACUGGGAUAGGUAAAGUUACAAGCUGUAACCAAUGGCAACUUGACCUUAAUGGUACUUAAUGAAGAAUAUUCAAGAGCCAAUGAUCCUUUACUUGUGGCUAGAGUGCAGAAGAGGUGUGUUUUUGAGUGGUCACUGCUAUUGCUGCUGCUGUGAAAUCUGGUUACAUUUCCAAGCUUUCAAAACUUCUUCAGAUAUCUCUGAAUGCACAAGAAAAGCUUAUACCCAGAACAAACUUAGUUGGUCUGUAAGGUGCUACUGGACAAUUUUUAUUUUUAUUUUUAUUUAUUUUGACUGCAUCAGACCAACACGGCUACUUACCUGAAUCUAAAACUUUUAUGCUUUGUCUGCCUGGAUGGUAAGGUGAGGCGAAGACUUCUGCCAUGAGAGGAGCAGGUGACAAUCAUCUGGUUGUCAUAGGAACCUGCUUUGAUGUAGAACCCUGCUACUGAUAGGGAAGACAAUCCAAAUGACAUUGGUGGUAGAGGCUAUAUAGGCGGUAGAUAGGCAGCUGUGAAAUGCUUUCUUUGUGUGGAACCAGUGAAAGAAACAUCUACAGUGCAGAAGCAAUUCUUAAAGUAAGAGCAUGAGACUUCUUCUGAUCCCUUCUAAGUGGAUUCCCAAAAGCAAAGGAAGAAAUAUUUGUCCAGGAGUGGUUCCCUAGAGCGUGCGUGAAGAACUGGGUAGAGGAGAAUAUUCCCUCCAGAGGAUAUGACUCUUCUUUCUUUGCAUGUACUCAGUUAUAUAAAAGCUUGACUUUCGUAGUGCAGUGGCACUCCUAUGACUGACAAUGGAAUGGAAUGGGCAAGUCAGUGUCUCAUUCUUGCUGUUUAGAUACAUUAACCUGCCCGUUCCAUUAUCUUGUUGAAUCCCAGACGCUGAUAGAGAAAGUUGGGAUAGGUAGUACCGAGCUGCCCCAUUAGUCACAUUUCUUUUUUUCUUUUUUUAAUAAUUUUUAUUAACUGGCCAAUCAAAUCACAUUAUUUCCAAAUCACAUUAGUUUCAAAUUAUACAGCCAGAUUUUUAAAUUUUGUUGGGGGUACCCAUACUCCGAACGGGGGUCCAAGCAUCACUUAUAUUGCUGCUUUAAUUAGACAGUUCUAUCCAGUUCUGUCCAGAUAGUCUCUUUAUUACUUUCUUCAUCUUCUUGUUGUUAUCAUAUAUUCCUUUCUUUGCGAUCUCUGAUAAUCUUCACAAGCGGGUUGGAAACAAACAUCCUCUGUGUGGGUUUUACACUCUCCAAAAAUCAUAUCACAUAGGGACAGACGCCAUUCCACACUUCCGUAAAGAAUUUAUCCUCAGUCUGUCCUUUAAUUUUCCCAGGCUUGCCAAGUAUAUCACAGAGGGCUCUGCCAGGAUUAGAUCACAUUCCAAUCAUCAUUCACAUUCCGAUGAUCCUGGUCCUCCCAUUAGUCACAUUUCAUCCCUGUUGGCCAUAGGUGCCAUCAUGUGGCAUAUAGCCUUGGUAAGUUAAAUUCAAGGCUUUGAGGUAAUGUAGCCUUCUGAAAUAAAGGUUGAAUCCACAAAUGUAUAGCAGGAUUUCUUUCCCACAGAGCAGGGGUGGGCCCCAGCUCCAGCAAGUGUGACCAGUUGUCAGGAAUGAUGGGAGUUAUAGUUGAACACCUGGAGGUCAAUAAUUUAGCCAACCCUGGCAAAAAAGUGUAUGCCUUGAUUAUAUGCAGCUUAGAGUUCAGUAUUGUCUGUCAUACCUACAUUAGGCUUCCCUUGUUUUUGGUGGUUGUUUUCAUUAUGCAGUCAUUGAAAAGCUAAAGGGAAAGUAUUUUUCCAUCAAUACAAAGGAAAUGCAUUAACUAAUACAAUAGAAAUGCAUUAACUUUUUAAUGUAUUACUUUCCUGCUCCAGCAGAUAUCAGGCAGCUGGAUAAAAAUAAAAUUCCCAGCCCAUGAAAGGCAAUUUAACUCCUGUGUUGCUGCUGAUUUCAUUGAGACCUGCACAAUUUUCCUUCAUCAUUUGAUCACUUAGUUUGGUUGGUUUAGUUUUCUAUCUGGGGACCUGUUUUACAGGUGGUAAUACGUAGGAAAAUGAGAGGGCAGUUGUUAGGUAUGGGUUCUCAAAAAAUCCAGCAAGUACAUACUGGACACAGACUCAUGGGUGGCUACUCUUUUGCAUUGCCACAGGAUAAAGAACAACUGUUCUUAAGGAUGCAAAGGAUGCAUAAGCUUUCAUGGCCUUCUCUUGGUUACAGUAGCUCCUUAAUCGUAGAGUUAGGAAGGGGCUUGGAGGUUGUCUAGUCUGCAAUGAAGGUUCUCUAGCAGAUGAUUUUCCAGCCUCUGCUUAAGUAUCACCAGAAAAGGAGAGCCUACCACCUGCCGAAGCAGUUGGUUCCAUUACUGAACAUCUAUUAUAGUUAGGAAGGGUCUCCAUUUAAUGUUUAGCCAUAAUAUGCUUCCUGCUAAUUUCCACAGGGAUAAGGACUAUAGCUUAGUGGCAGAGCAUCUGCCUUCCAUCUAGAAGGUCCCAGGUUCAUCUCUUGCCUAAAACCCUGGAGAGCUAGUGCCAAGUCACUGUAGACAGCACUGAGCUGGAUGGACCAAUAUCUUAGACUAGGACAGCUUCCUAUGUUCUUAUAUUCCACCCAUUUGUUCUAGUCCAUCCUUACUGAGCAACAGAUAACAAGUCUGUUCCAUCUUCUGCAUGACAGCCCUUCAUUUGAAGACCACUCCCAUGUCCUCCCCUUAAUCUUCUCUUUUACAGCCUACUACAACUUACCCAGUUCUUUCAACAAUUCAUCAUAGGAUGUGGUCAUCCUGGUCAUGCUUCAGUUUGUCAGUGUCCUCCUUUGUGGUGUCCAGAACUGGACACAGUGCUUUGUCUUUAGUCUGAGCAAUUAAAAAAAAAAGUGCUGAUGUAAAGUGGAAAAGUAUGGACUAUUGGUAGAGUUUUUUCAUGCUCUGCAUUUGAUGUUCUGUUGGAAGGUUUUGGGGUGCCUCAAUAGAGAGGAAAGGCAAUAGACAAUUAUAAGCUUCUAUAACUGGGUGGUGCCAGAAUGUGAGCUUUCGAAGGCUUUAGAAUUCCUAUAUGUUACGCUUUAUAGAAAAUCUGUGUCAACAGUUUAUACAAAAAGAGAGAGAACGUAGCAUAACGACAUCCAGUCUUGACUUCAAGAGCAUAUUAAUUAUCUAUUAAUAGCGAUGGUGUAUAAAAUGUAUAAUAGAACAAUUUGCUUUUUUUUCAAUAAAAAAUCCAUAAUGAAAACCUUUCCUCCCCAUAAUUAUCCACUCAAUUAAUUGAUGAAAAUCUAUUUCCUUGCACAUCUCAUUACAAACCAGCAAUGUAAAAAGCCUGUCUUAAAGGGAUUGAAAUACCACAUACUUAAAGUACAUUAUAUCCUUUUACAUUAUACCCUUCCCCCCACCUCCCAUUUGCUGUAAUUUCAUAAUGUAUAAAAAGGAGGCAAGGAGGCUGUUGAAGAGAAAUUCAAAGCCAAACUGAGUCUCCCAUUCACUUUCCCUCUUUCAGUGUUUACUGAGUUUUGUCUUGUUUAAUUAUAUUUACACUUAGUUUUAUGUUUUGGUAUCUUUAAGAUCUUUUUCCUCACAGAAGGGCUACAGUUCGAAGGACUUUGUAGUGUCCAUGGAUCUAUGCAGCCAUUCUGUGCCUUAGCAUCACAGAAUCUUAAGAGAUGGAAGAGAGCCAAGGGUCAUCUAGUCCAACCCCCUGCAAUGCAGGAAUCUCAGCUAAGACAUCCAUGACAGCCUUUCUGCUCCAAAAUCUUUGUGCUAGUACAGUCAUACCUCGUCUUGCAUUCAUGUUGCGUCUUUUCAGCUUGCAUAUGCGGCAAAUCCGGAAGUGUAUACUUCUGGGUUUCGCCGUGUGCGCAGAAGCGUUCUGUGCGCUUUGCACAUGUGCAGAAGUGCUUUAUCGCGAUCUGCGCUUGCGCAGAAGCGCUGCUCUAGUUGCGGACUUUUCGGGGUGUGAACGGCACCCCAGAACAGAUUGCGUCUGCAACUAGAGAUACCACUGUACUGAUUUUACACAUGACAAAAUAACCAUGGAACUCCUAAUGCCAGUACAAAAACCAACAUCAUGUUGUGCAUCGUGUCGUUUUCCUGUGUAAACCAUUCAUUUCAUUUGAAAACCUUGGUUUAAAACAGUCAUAGAUGAAGACAGACAGCUGGUCUGAAAUCGGUUUCAUAUCAAGGCAUUUGUUUUCAAGCAAAGAAUAGAAGUUCAAACUACUUCUGCCACAUUUAGAAUGUAUGUCUACCUUUGUCCAUUAUACUGCAUUUUCUUUACUUAACCCAGUAUGCUUUAGAAGAAAAAGAUCAGUUCUUAAUUCUGUGCCUAUAUGGUCUGUCCCAUGUAACAAAUGGCAGCAUCAUAGAAUUUGAAAUAAAAAAUAUGACUGUUGUAUUAUGGUACUCAGUUUUCGAACUCUGGUCCAUCCAGACCAAAGUGGAGCAAGCCGACUUGCGUGACAUCUGUGCAGUUCUGUAGUAGAGAAGCAUUCCAUUCACUCAAUGUGGUCAGAAAUAGAGUCAUUUCAGAUACUAUAUGUGAAUAAUUUUUACCCACUUGAGUGUGAGAUUGGAAGUUUGGUGGUCUCCAAUAAUUUAAAUGUCUCAUUAAAAAUGAAAUCCUAUGUGGCUUUCACAAAUAAUUUAAAUGGGCAUGAACUGUAAUUUCUCUCUCUCAGCAACCAAGGACUGUAUGUAAUAAACAGAUUUUGGAGAAUUUAAAUAUAGCUCUCCUUAUGCUACUGAUUUUUAAUAAGCAAAGCUAUAUUUAUAGACCUUUUGUAUUAUUUAUAAAAACUGUACUAGUUUCAGGAAUUGUAGGCAUCUGCAACACAAAUUGCAAGUGAAAGCAGGACUGCAAUGCAAAUUCUUUAUAGUUUCCUAGGGAAACCUGUUCCAUUCUAUCUGGAUAUACAAACAUUUGAGGAAAUGUCUAAUUCUGAUGGCAAGGAGAUCUUGGCAUUUAGCAUAAUGGGCCUUCCCAAAUUAAGGAAAUAAUUGACUAGUCUUUCUAUAUACAAGAUUAGCAAAACAUUCAGGAAGCAAGGUAAACUGUUGUCCUUCAGGAACAAGUAGAUUAAAAAGCCAGGAUGGGGAAAGGGGGCAGGGUUAUACAGGACAAUAACAUUCUUCAGGCUGCAAGGCAGAGGGACCUUUGGAAAUAAGACAUGAUUUCCACAGCUCUAGAAGAGAAAAGGAUCAAACUGCAUAGCAGAAAUGUGGGAAUUGACUUGUGAAGAUAGUUGAGGGAAAAAAUUGGUAUGGAGACAUACACAUUAGUUGUUGAAUGCAUUCCUGAUCAUUACAGAAUGAAAGCUGAUGUUCUAGGACCAAGGACAGCUCCCUAGUAAAGUUGCAAUCUGAAUUGUUUACUGGCGCUGCAUAGACAUUUAAUAGUCUCUCUAAAUAACCUGUGGCUGAUAAUUUAAAAUGAUGAUUUUAAGUUUAUUAUUACAUAUUUAUCAAACAACAGAACAUGAUCUGAAAUGCAAAUUAUCCUUAAUUAACGUUUAAUGUUUAGCUUAUAUACUAGCUAAUUUUCUCUUGCAUGGUUAGGUAGUAUAAGUUAAUUCUACUAUAGCUUCUGUAUUCUAUAUCCACCCUGAAAUAUUUUCAGCUUUUAACUUGUUAGAUCCCCCCCCCCGCCGCUAUAAUCAGGCCCAUAGCAAUAAUGAACUUGAGAGUGUUGCUAUAGUAUUCAUUUGGAUAGGCUUAGCCCAGUUCAACAUAGAUAACUAAUUAAUAAUUUCUAUCCUACUGUCUUUUGAAGCAUUAUAGAAGAGGACCAUAACUCAGUGGCAGAACAAAUGCUUUAUAUGCGAAAGGUCCCAGAAUCAGUCCCAGGCACAUACAGGUGGGCUAUUAAAAAAACUCCUGUCAGAAAACCUGAAGAGGUGCUUCUAGUCAGUAGAUUGGAAUAGGGAAUUUGUGGCCGUCUAGAUGAUGGACUCCUUAUCAUCCCUGACUACUGGCUAUGCUGGUUGGGACUGAUGGGAGUUGGAGCCAGCCAACACCUGGAGGUUCCCCAUCCCUGGUUCAGAUAAUGCUGAUGUUAUCAGUCGCUUCCAAUUUCAUGUUCGAGCAGCUUCCUGUUUGAGGUAGCAUACAGUAGUACCUCGGGUUAAGUACUUAAUUAGUUUCGGAGGUCUGUUCGUAACCUGAAACUGUUCUUAACCUGAAGCACCACUUUAGCUAAUGGGGCCUCCUGCUGCCGCUGUGCCGCCGCCGCCCAAUUUCUGUUCUUAUCCUGAAGCAAAGUUCUUAACCUGAAGCACUAUUUCUGGGUUAGUGGAAUCUGUAACCUGAAGCGUAUGUAAUCUGAAGCGUAUGUAACCCGAGGUACCACUGUACUUGAAAUUGUAUACAACAAACAAAGACAGGCACUAUUUCAUUCCACAGUCUCUUUUCCAUAAUGCUUAUUACUCAGUUUUUUUAAAAAAAAUGAUCCUCCAUUAGCUAUGGAAAAGGGCAUCUCUAGCUCUCUAUGUAGUAUUUGCCUAGAUUCUUCUUUCCUAUUUUAUAGAUUUACUGGUGUCAAAUGCUAUGAAGAAUAAUCAUCAAUAACUUUCCAGCAUGUGGAUUUGGACCAUUUCCCCAUACAAGCCACAGUCCAUCAAGCAACUGUCCGGCAGUACACAGUUUGGUACAGAUUGUCUCAGUCUGUCACAGUGCUUUUGAUAUAAGUGGAUCAAGGAUGGUUGCAAUCUGAAUCAAGGGAUAAAAUAUAAACUGGUAUUAUUAUUUAAAUGUGCUCAGGAUGUUUCUUCUCUUGGCAUGAUAACUUUGAUUAAAAUAAGCUGCUUUAGGAGUGUAAUGCAUUUAUAGAGGAUGCAGUAACAUUUAUAUUUCUAUGCAGCCUUCAAAUCAGUCUGCAGCUAUUGAAACACACUGCUAAGUCAGUUUUCUUCUCUUUAUUUAACUUCAUGGACAUCAUUCUAAGUGAAACACUUUAUGACAUCUGUGGGCAGGGUGGGAAAGCCAGAAUUAUGCAAGCAGCUUUACUAUGCCUUGCCAAACGAGGUGAUUUUGUUUACAAGGGGUUUCUCUUAGUCACCCAUAAAUACAGUCAUGAAGUGGAAGGGGAGGGGAAAAUGCUUAUGGCUCAGUAGAUUUGAAUUGUGUGCAGAGGUAUAAAUACCCCCUGGAUCCUCUUUAAAUGAGACUAGCCAAUCCCAGCCAGCGCCCAGUAAGGUGUGCAGACAGGUUAUCUGAUGCGAUAGCAUGCUAUAUGUGCACCAGCACAUGUUCUGCAGCAAACCUGCACAUGGAAAUCAGUUUCUCUGUGCAGAUCAGUGGCACUGAAUGAAGGACAAUUGAAUGUUCUCGGACAACACACCUGCAGGGCUCCUUUGCCCAUUUUUUCACCCUUCCUGAAAGUGGAUCAAGGUUGGAAGAAGGUUUCUUCCUUGCUGUCCUGAUUGUUCAGUAUGAGCAAAAUUUUGUGUAGCCUUCUGCUGCUUUCCUUUCAGGUCAGACCAAAAAUGGUAAUCGCCUGCCCCCUGUCUGUCAAGGAAUGAUGUCUCUAAAUACCAGGUGGAGAGAGGGCUGGCUGCUUGUGGGCAUCAGGCUGGCCAGGAUGCUUUUGGCCUGACCUGAUCCAGCAAAGCUCUUCUCAUGUUCUUCUUUUCCCACCCCCUUGUCUGCUUUUCCUGCUCAAGAAUGGGAAAGAUGGUUUGGUGGAGUUGCCAGUUGAGCCUUGGCCACUCAGCUACCAAACAAACCUCAGGCUUCAUUCCAAGUUUGGAGCUAGGAGGUGGGAGGAAUCACUGUACAAACUCCCAGAUGAUCCCUGCCCACUUCUGCAGCUUCAAAGUUGGAAGGAAGGCUGACUGUAUCGUGCUUGCCAGAGGGUGGUGCCACACUUGCCAUUAUUUGCCUGGCUGCACACCUGGUUCUCUAGAGGCUAGUGACAUUUGGGAAAUACGCUGCCUAUAAGAAUACAGGGAUCAAAUAUUAGAUUGAAUCAAGAGUCUUAUGGACAAGCAUUCAUUGGCUGGGUCCUUUGAGGAAAUAGUAUUUUGAUUAUUAUUAAUUGCAUCUUGUUAUAUUCUUGUUAAGAAAAUGCUGCUCUGCCCUGUCUGUCACGGUGGGCCCUUCUAUCACCACCUGUGGGCAGUAAACAGCAUCCCCACCCCCAGCCCCGAUCAUUGUCAGGGAAACAAAAGAUACAGAAAUUCAAAAUUAAGAAAAGUUUUACCAGUGAAAUGAAGUUUGUUCCUUCCCUUUCGAUAAGAAGAGUUUGAUGAAAGGUGCAGCAUGAAUUCUUCAAAGGCCAUAAUUAAUUGUUAUAUUUAGAAAUGGCUAAGCAUAUAUUAAUUAUAGAGAAACUCUGAAGCAGCUGUGUCCUUGAUGAACGUCAACUAUUGCAGCAGUGGAAGGUUGUGCAAUUAAUGUCAUGAAUAUUCAUGAUGAGUUUUUAACAGGUACUAACCAUUCUUAACUGUUUAGGUAGCCCACCUGUCUUAAUACUUCACCACUUGGAUAGGGAUGUAUUGUAUUAACAAUGUCUGACAUCUAUAAUCCAGCUUUCGUAUCUACUGUUGGCUAAUUGGAAUAGACUAAAGUUAGUCAGAUGAAUUUGAAAACCUGUCCUCCAGUUCCAGCCUCUGUUACAGAGUAUAGAAUUUGUUGCUCUGUGCUUAAGCAAUGUGACUGGGUUGAAUCCACAUAUGGCAGAUGCCCUUUGCUCACUGAAGCAUUAUUCUACAUCUCGCAUUAGAGUUUUUUAUUCAAGCAAUGAAAUGAAAUCCAAACAGUGAAACAAAAUCCAAGUAUGCCUACCAUUUUACAGAACCUGUUAUAGUUCUGUAUAAAGCCUUGUGCACUCCAGUUAUCUUCAUAUGUGGUCUUUGGUACAUAUUACAAUCCCUCUUUAAAUUGUAAAAUGUAGGAAAUCUCAGAUUUGAUCCAGAGAUUCCCUUCUUCUGAUGGAGGAAGGUAACCUUUGAAACCAACUCAAGGGGGACACAUACUAGUGUUUACAAGUAAAAUAAAAAUUUAUAAUGAAAGACAAUUAUAAUCAAUGCCAAAUUUGGCAUGCAAGAUAAGAGAAAUUUCAGAGGUGUGAGUUGUAUUUACAGGUGUUUUCCUUAAGUGAAUGACUGAUGCCACUACAGUCCACACACACUGAGCAAAAAAUGAACUGAUCAGUUCAUUUUCUGCUCAGUACUUUUAUACAGUGUGUAUGGGAGAUGGGGUGUUUUUGGAACAUCUAAGGCCUGAGCUGGAUUUCCAGUUAUGGCCACUAGCACAGCUGCAAUAAAGGCAGUAAAGUCACUGAAACGAGUUGCCAUAUGUCCUCAUUUUCCAGGACACAUCCUCUUUUUCAUGGUUAUGUAAAAUAAGAGUUGUCAUAGCGAUCCAUAGUUAAAAGUAGAAGUCGGCAAAUGUGUCCUCUUUUUUUGCUAUUCAAAGUAUGGCAACCCUACAAAAUCAAGUAGGCCUGAGUUGCUUUGAAAGAGGAAAAGCAACUGGAAUGAGAAAUACGGUAGACUAGACCUAAUAGAACUUUGCAAAGAAGACUGUCAGUGUGGGUUGAUUCUGAUGGUUUUAGUCAACGUAUUCCAGUUAAGAUUUUAGACUUUGUCUGAACAAGAAACUGGGGGAAAUGCCAGAGGAAGAGAAUUAGGUUGACUUAGGGAACUGAUCUAGAAGAGCAAUGAAAGCUUUAGUUCAAAGUCUACCUCAGACGACUGCUGCCAUGAGGACUUUCCAGCUCUCUCCUGCCAUUUCUAGGUUUGAAAUGAUUGGUUGAUUUCCUAGUGCUGUGCACGAGUCGAGUCAAUAUCUGUACCCGGCAAAAGCAAGCUCACACCUCACUGAGUUUGUAUACAUACUUACGGUACAUAUGUAAGAGACUUUUUUCUAAUUACAUUUUGGGAAUGAUUAUGUUCUUAUGUAGCUGCAUUGUUUUUUAUACUUUUUGGAUGCCCCAUGAUUAUAUUAUAAAGUAGUUGUGCUCUGUGCUAUAAAUCAAGCACUGCUAGGAGUGGUUUCUUUUUUGCCUUCCAAUAUAUUUCUUAUCAAUAAAAAUCUGGUGUAGCGCAAGCAAAUUUUUAUUCUGAAAGUGUUGCCCAGAAAAAUAGGUUUGAGAAGCAUUGCUCUAGACACUGGAUGGUACAAUUCAUCUCCAGGAAGAAGAAUAGAACCUGAAUACAGGUGAACUGGCAGCACCCUACUUUAUUCCAGCUGAUGUAUAAAGUCGUAUGUAGCUUCUGAAAUGUAAAAUGAUUUUACACCAGUGUGGUGUGGUGGAUAGAGUAGUGGAUUUGGACCAGGGAGACAAGUGUUCAAAUCAUUGCACCCCCAUAAAGUUCACUGGAUAAAACUUGCUCCAGUAAUAAACUCUCAUCUUAACCUACCCUAUAGGUUUCUUGUGGAGAUAAAAAUAGGCAAAAUGCUAUGUAAGCUCUCCUGUGGAGGUGUAGCAUACAAAUAUGAUUAAAAAAAGAAAAGACAUGUACAACAUGAGUUUGCAAAGAAUGUCCUAAGGGUGUGCAGAAACUCCAGUCACGUGAGUACCUGCAAUUACCGUAUCAGUUAUGAUAAAACAAUUUUUUUGUUCAUUAAAUGUUUUAUGUACUUGAGAGCUUGUCCCUGUCCUCAAAACAUCACUUAAGUCAAUUAACUGACUGAAGGAUUCCUCUGCCCUUCUCCAUGUGAUGCUUCCUUUGAUCAUAUGAGCUCCUCUAAGCCACAUUCCCAGUAUACUUAACUUACUCAAAAGCAUGCUUCAUAUAGGCAGCUUUCUGGCUUUAAUAAUUACCUCAAAGUAUCCCCAACUUUUCCAAAACAAUUAGAUUCAACCUUUAGUUCAAAGUCUACCUCAGGCGACUGCUGUUUUUUCUUUUCUUUCCUUAAUUCCUGGGGUAAUCCCUUAAGGCAGGUUUGACUGAACAAUUAAAAGCUUUAGAAUAUGAGGCUUAUGGGUCUAAUUUGAUUGAACAAAAGCAAGAAAAUCCAGCAUUAAACCUGCCAGAAUGUAAAGAAGAAGCCCAGGGGCAAUGUUCCUUUUUUCCCUCCAGUUUGACCGAACAUUCUAGCAAGUUCGUAUAGGGCAGGCAUGUCCAAAGUCUGUUUCAGGGGCCUAAUCCAGCCCGCUGGUCAAUUUAAUCCAGCCCCCGUGGCAGUAUAUGUCCUGGGGUAAAAUACUAAAAAAAAAGCUCAGCAACUUCAAUCCUAAAAUAAGCUCAACAAAUCACUUCAUCAAAUCUGGCCCUCUUUGAAAAAAGUUUGGGCACCCCUGAUAUAGGGGAAGGUAUGUGAAGUAGUUGUGCGAUAACAUCACAAUGUAUUCCUGAUUAAAAUUAAUAAAUAAAUCUGUGGUAUCUCUCCUAAUGAAUAUGGGCUUGCCCACUGCUUAAAUUUGGUUUUUGAGGCCGUGCCUUGAGUGCCACCAUUUUCCAAAGUUAGGUGGGUGGAGACUGGAGAUGAGGCCUUUUCUGUGGUGAUGCAUGAUUUGUGGAAUCUCUCCCCAGAACCAUUGCUGCCAUCUUUUAGACAGCAAGUGUAAAACUGUUUUAUUCAUUUCAGCAUCUGCUGGAUGUCUUGCUGUUGAGUGUUGAUGUUGUGGGCUGCUUUGGAGGCUUAACAGUGGGGAAGUGAAAUAGAAAUGUUUCAAAUAAAAUUAAUAAAAUAAUAAUAGUGUUUAUGUGCAAACACAACUUCAGCUCACUUCCUACACGUAUCCUGGGCUAUUUGAACACACACACACUCCAGAUUAAUUAAUAAUGAAUUAUUUUUAAUUAAUUAGCCCUGAGCAACCUUGGCCUUGUCCAUUUAUUCUUCCUUUUAAAUCCUUGAGUUGAAGGGUAUUUUUCCUUGCAUCAACUAUUACAAGGAAGGGUUUUCUUCUGGAUAUAGAACUUGCCUAGCUUAGCAACAUAGCUAAUUAUUCACUAAAUUACAUUUUCUGCGAUCUCACAUGGGACAGAUGAAGAGGCAUUUAUGAAGCUUCCAAUUUGUGUAAAUCAAAGACUGUCAAAUAUGUAUUGAAGCAGUAAAAAAGUAAUAAGCCUUUCAACAAAAACUACAUGUAGACAUAUCCAUGCCUAUGUGGUUUUUGAACUGCAAAGCUACAAAUACCUCUGAAACAAGAGGAUAUAUCAGAAGAUAUCUGACUGAGCACUGUAAUAUUUGUGUUGUUACAGCUGUAUUUAAGAUGGCCAGACUUUUAGCAGAAGGUAGUUCCAAGCUGCCUGAAAGACAGCAUUUGUUUCUGAUCCUGCAUUUGAUUCAGUUGUGUAAGAGCAGGGAGGUCUCUGGAUGCAAAAUGAAUGGGGAAGUAAUUGUUUUUAAUUGAGCCUCGCUUUCAGGUUGUUACCUAAUUUUGUAAAAUUGUUCUUAUGUUUUGCGAUUGCAUUAUCAGAGUAUUUUGUAAGUUGCCUUGACUGUUUUAGGCAGCUGAUAUAAAGAAAGAGGGAAGUCCAGUGCUCCACUUGGCAUCGGCACCUGUUGAUGAUUUGAGGUCUUAAAUUGGUUUUGGUCUGGACAGGGAAGGUGAGGCCCUAGGCAUGGGGUAGCCAAUGUGGUGCCCCCCCUAGCCAGAUGUUUUGGACUCAGCUGCCCUCUUCCCUGACUAUUGGCCAUUCUGGCUUAGUACAUGAUAUCUGCAGAGCACUUAGAUGGCUACCCUUGCCCUAGCCACUACUUUGUCAUCUGGGGGCAGUGCAGUGUAUAUGUGGCUGUUUUUCUCCAAGCAAAUGUGGUUCAUCAAGAGGCACAUCGUGCCAUGGAAAUUGACAUUCCUAUAAGAAUUACCGUAUUUUUCCGUGUAUAAGACACGCCCUAAUUUGGGGGACUCCAAAUUAAGAAAACACCCCUCAACACUACCCGUGUAUAAGACGAGCCCCAAUUUUAAACCUAAUUUUUUGGUUUAAAAAAACACGAAAAAAUACGGUAUAACAUGUCCAGAAGGCUUACUGGUCAAAGAUGAUACCCAGCCUCCCAAACUCAGGUUGAUUGAUUUUAUUUGACAUGAUUUAUAUGGCACUUUUUUGUUGAUUAACAAAAACCGCAAGUAGUUUACAUCAGUGUUUCCCAACCUUUUUUCGACUGUGGCACUCUUCCAACCUUGUUUCCUUCCUGUGGCCCCCCAUGGGUGUAGCCAAGGGGGGCAGCAAGGCAGCUGCCCCCUCAGUAAGUAAAAACCAAUACAAAUCAAUACAAAUCUGAGGUUCUGCCCCACCUAACAAAAGCCUCCACCCCCAACAAGCCUAAGUGACAAUAAAGUUACCGGAGAUCCAUCUUUCUCACUUAGAUCAUUAGUCUCAAAAAUAAGUUGAUUUAUAAGGCCUUAGUGGCAUGUCCUGAAAUGAAUGCCUAUCACUGUGUUCUAAGCUCCUGCUAUAAAAUGUAGAAUUUCAGUGUUUAGGAUUAAGUCUGGGAUUUUGAAUGCCUGAUUAUUUACUCUUAUCUCCAAUAUGAUAAUUAUGUGUGUUAAUCUACAUUAAAGCAAGGCAACUGAUUGCUUUGUCCAAUGGUUGCCAUGUUUAUUUGAUGAUGAACAAGCUUCAGAUGAUCCACAGAGUCAGUGAAAGGGGGAUGGAGAGACUAGUCUGUAACCCUGGUUGACCAAAUACAACAGUUUUGGCCACAAAAUCCCAAGACUUACAUUUGUGAGAGGGCUGUGCGGCUUCAUCCAAAGGAAUUAAGCUCAAGCAAAUCCUUUUCUAUUCUCCUGGGAAUGUGAAAAAAAUAAUCUGUAUCAAACAAAAUCACAUACUAGGAGCUAAUAUUUAUCAGCCUUCACAGCUAUGAUCCUAUUAAUACUGUGCUCUGACCAUAAAGUUUUGCUGUUCAUGUUUGAUAUUUUCUCUACUUCUGUGGCUUCUCUGCAGUAAUAUGCAAUUAAAGUCUUAAAGCCGUAGGUUAAUUAUAUGAAUCUGAAAAUGUUAUAAUUUUCACUGGGGUGUGGUUUCCUAUUAAUCUGCCUUAGCAUAGUCACCCACAGCUGUUUCAUAUACAUAUAAAGUUGUUAACUGAAAAAUAAAAAUAAAUUACAUGGGUUAUGCCAGCACUAGCCUUCUCAACCUCCACAACAGGGCACCAGUUCAAGUACUUUUAACCCAUAUUGUGACCUUUUCCUACCACAAGCAAUAUUUGACUGAGAUUUGUGGUAAGCCUUGGCCAGCCUUCAGAAAUGUGUCUCUUUGAUAUGCCACUUUGUUGAGGUUGUUGCCACAGCAAAACCACUACUGCCUCAUACUAAUGUAUGUCCUCAGGAGAAAUCAAGAAUAGUGUUAGGGAUUCUUAACAUGGUGGUAGUGGGAAAGCAGGCCUCAUUGUUCAAGAUGACACAUUUCCACAAAAUGGGCCUUUUUUUCAUGCUCCCAGAUACUGUCUAGCUUGCUAAUGAAGAGAUCUGUAGGUUUCCCACACGUAGAAUUUGCUGAAUUCCCGUUUGUACGUGGUUGCAGAGUACCUGCAUGGUGAGAACCUGACAAAUGGUCUUGUGAAAGGAAAUCAAUUUUGUUAUCUCCCCCUUUCCUUGAAUAUGCAUAAUGCUUCUAUGCUUGAAAAGCUCAGCAGUGGCGUAAAAGGAAGCCAAGCAGUGGGGCGCCAGUUAGGCUCUACGAUUUCUGUAAAAGAAUUUGUAGCGUUGGGGUGUAAAGAAAACAAGAAGAAUGAAUGGGCCAUUUGCUGUGGCUAGUCAAUGGAACCGUCUUGUCGUCUUCGCUCUUGUCUCUGUAUAAAUAAAGCAUUGUUGUCCAUCCUUGGCAUUUGUGCUUCAUUGUGAUAAAUUGGUCUUGAUGUGUCUGACAUUUUUUUAACCAAGUCUUUUUCAUUGGCUGUUUUGGAAAAGUCCAGCUUCCUUGUACUUUGCGUCAACACAAACCUCAAGAGCCUUGAUAGCAGUCACUAUCAAAUACAAGUUAACCUUCUCUUUCUCUGCAAGAUUAGGGAAGACCAGAGUAAAAGAGUGUGAGAAAAAUUUGGGUAGACAAAUUUGCAAAAGCCUAAAAUAAAUGAAAGCAAGCAAGCAGAGGAGAUCUACACCUUCAACUCUACCAUUCUUUCAUGACCUGUUGGCUAGUAUUUUCAUAGCAUUUUUAUUUGAAAUGAAGCAAUCCAAAAUAGCAUUGACUUUUCCUCAACACUUUUGAUUUGAUUUGUCAUUUCUUUGCCCAAGUUCCUUUCCUUACCUUUGCAUUUCAUUGUGAAAAGCUGAGACUGAAAUGAUUCAGGCUUAGCUGCCAGUUGUGUUUGAACUCCCUAUAGUUGAUGUACACUGACAACUGAUGGCUUUCUGCUUUGAGGGUUAACUGCUCAGAUUUACUUUUCAAAAUGCAUCUAAUUACUUGUAUCAUUGUGGUGAUUAACCCGGUGUCCUUUUCGUAAACAGAUGCUGCCUGUCCUGCCAUUCUGAUAUCCAUUAUUCUUCCAAAGGUGUUUCUUGCCGUGGGCUCUGAGAUCAAAUUGAUACUGAGAUUCCUACAUAACCUUCCUGCCACUUUGCUGCAUUUCACCAUAAUUUUUAUAUUUUUAUUGCUUGUUGUUGUUCCCCAAAAGCACAAGUUUAAGACAACUCUGAGCUAUUUUACCUUCAGGCUUUUUCUGAUGGCGAGAGAAAUUUCUUCUAUCACAUAAACAGAAAUGGCCAAUUCCUCAGAGACUUGCUCUCAAAUAAAUUUCAGCUGAACAACUCUAUUAUGUUCUGUUUCUUUCCCAAAACUGCGGUCUCUUAGGUUCUUCUAUUUUGGGAGAGUUGCAAGUAAGCAUGUAAGUAUAGAGAAAUUAAAUUGCUUACAUGUCAGGCCAGGAAAAAAACUUCCAUAGCUGGAGGGCUUCCAGAUAUUGUUCUUCCAUUCAGGGCACAGUGGGAGCAAAGUUAGAAUACCAUCACUCUGGUACUCCAAAAGUGUAAGCUUUGGAAAUGCUAGCUGUUCAGACAGUCAUUUAAUCUAGUGGUUUACUAACCACAUAUGUUUCCCGCUAUUUAGAAACUCCCAACUGAUGUGAUCCAGACAAAUGCAUGGCUACAUCUGUGCACUCUGUAACUCCCUUUGCAUUGGACACUGAGCUAAUGCACAACAUUUGGGGAGCUUUCAGAACUUCAUUUUGCAGUAUUGUGGGGCUAGUGUUUGUUUGGAGAAGGGCAGGUGAAUUAAGAGCCCCACUUGGCAUGUACAGUUCUUUGAUGUUCACAGGCAGUAUGAUCAUUUGUAUAUGACAUUAAUAGAGUUAUAUGUCCAUAACCUCUGAGAACCUGAUUUAUGGGCCUUGUUUGUGAUGAGGGACAGACAGGUGGAUGCCUUCUACAUUCCAGGCCUGUGGCUGUUACGAUGUUCAUAUAAAUGCCCUCCAGAUGUAUUGGAAGCUAUAAUCUAAAAUAUCUGGAGGACACCAGGUUGGCAGAGGCUGGUCUAAAAUGAAAUUAGUUUAUGUCUUCAAAACGCUUUCACUAAGUUAGGUAAUGACAGCAUCCACUCUAUAAUUAUUCAGGGUUGGUUUUUCCCCAACUUCAGUAACAUUCUACGUUUUUAAUGACAGCUCCUGGUGGCCUUUCAUUCUCCUGUUAGAAUGAUGAGCUACCUAGGAAAAAAAACCAGGCGGUGAAGCUGCAGCUGCUUUGAUUGCCUUCAGAUUGGAAACCCACUAAGAAAAUGUCAAUGAGGGCAGUUUCAUUCACUAAGCACUUUUAUGGCCUCAGUGUAGGGAUGGGAGUGGGGUGGCAGAGAAGCAUCACCUUUUGGACACUAUUAAAUGCUUGAUUAAUCCCUUAAUUUUCAGUUCCUUUUCAAUUUCAGUGGUACCCACCAGACACCUCUUUCCUCUUGUUAUUAGGUCAGUGGUGCAUUUGUAGGAAGCAGAGAAAUUCAAACUUAUGGAUAUGUAUCUUAGUGUUGCAAAGGCAGAUCUGCCUGUCAAACUUCUGUGAUCAAAAUUAACUUGUGUUCCAAAACAGUUCCAUGUUAAAUAUCAUCAUAUGAAACCACAAUAAGGGAAGGGAAUCUGGACUUGUAUACUGGGUAAGAGACAGUGUCUCCAAAGGCAGCAGCCUGAUCUUCUGCAAUGGUACCCACAAGAGCAAGAAGAGUAGUAAGGACUGCUUUUCACCACCCUUUCUCCUUAUCCUGGAAUAGGUAGCUAGUAUUUGCAUUCCUAAAUACAGUAUCUCAAAGAAGUACUUCUAAAAAAAAAGAUUUAAUCCUAUUCUUUGGGUGUGUUCAUCUAUGGUAUUGUAGUCAAGGACAUAGCAAUGGGUUCAAAUUGUUGCAAAAGAGAUUUCAGACUGAAACCGAUUCUUGUUUUUGUAAUGAACUAGGCAGCUUUCCCCCUCCGCCUUGUUGUUUAAAUCUAUUCAGAAUUAAACUCCUAAAUUCUUUCUCCAGACACUCAUGGUACACUGGGUUUAGCUUCAGUAUAGUGAUUUUGGGUACACUGUCUUCUAAUUUACACCUGUUUAUAUUCCUUUAUAACAUCCUGAGGUUAUGAGAUUAUUCAGCCUGCUAUACUUGAAGGAGAUCUAUUCUUUUUAACUCUGUUACUGUGCUUCAGGUAGUGAAAAUAUAUCAAACCAAUAAACAGGAAAAUACAUGCCAGCUAAAUUAUUUGCAUAGUAUUUUGAUCAAGUUUAGAAAGCAUUCUAGAAAGCAAAGCAGCAAUGAGAGUGUCUUGUACAAAGCUUUCAGUGAAUCAUUCCUUCCGCCCACAAAGGACAUCCACCUGUCUUUCUACUGUGUCUGCUGCCUGAUGAAAAUAUGGGGCACUCUGAGGUAAAGUUAUAUAUAGUUCUUUUUUUAUUCAUUAAUUAUGUUAUUUUUGUGCUUCUUUUUUUAGCCAAACAAGUAUGCUUAGCUGAAAAAAUCAGCUGUGGAGACUCCAGCAACAAAUGCAUCCCAUCUUCAUGGAGGUGUGAUGGAGAAAAAGACUGUGAAAGUGGAAUUGAUGAGGCCGGGUGCACUAAUGGUGAGUCUGAAUGAUCCUGGGCCUUUCACACUGAUGCUGUUAUUUGACCUCAAUGAACUCAAACUCCAAAUUAUCUGAUGCCAGUUUUUGUAUCCCUUCCCUCCUAUAUUUCCUAUCUACCCCAGCCUUUCUGAUUAAAUGUGUUUGUACUACAUCUUAAGCCACAAAAAUCAAUAUUUGUUUUUCCAUAUGCUGUAGGUUUUAGGAAGGGCGUUGAAGAGAAUCUUACCAACAUUAGAUUGUAGGGACACACAUGCCACCCAGCCUAUGCAAGCUGCACAGACCCCUCCCCCCCCCAGAGCAUAGAUGAGUUGGGAACUAGUGUGGGCUGCAGAUCCACUGCCUCUACCCAUGAGUAGGGGUAGUGGUGGAGAAACAUUGAAUUGGCACUUUAUUCCUUUAAGAGGAUUCCAUUCUAUAGUCAAACUUCAAACUCUGGAAAGAAUAUUCUAGGCAGGGUCAGAAUCUACAGCACAUAAUAAUAGUCCUACAGGGAGAAAAUGCCACUCCAUAAAGCACACUGCAAAGUUAAAAUGAGAAAAUAAUUUGUGGGAUUCCCCAGAAGGCUGGAUAUGUUUUCUGUUUCCCAAACACUGCAGUAAGAUUUUCUCAAGCUGUUGAAGUCGCAGGUAAUUCAUUUUCAGCUAUUAAUUUUUUGCUGCAAGUUCCACCUACAUAUUAGCUAGUACUUGGGAAUGUGGACUGAGAGACUGAUCUUGCUCCAGUACUCUUCAGCCAUUAACCACUGAAUAGGCGACUGUUGUGUUUUUAGUAACCCACAAAGAUCGAAAGGCAAUAUCUAUUGUAAAUGGUUUCAAGCAAGCAGAUAGUGCUACUGUCUUUAUCCUCCCAAUAGCUCUAUGUACAGUAUUGUAAAACCUCUAUGGGUGAGUAAAGAAUCAUACAUAAAGGAACAAAGCAGUGUCUCUUGCAGGGACAGGGGGACAAAUUCAAUUUAGUUCAUGCUUAAAGGCAAAUCUACCAGAUUUGUACAUUCCAUAGCAAUGCACAAACCAAAACAAGCUAUCCUUCAGAAUUCACGCUUCAGCUAGCAAUUCUCCAGACAAGUAAUAUGUACAAAAACAUAUAUAUUAGUGAAAAUAAUAUACAAAAAUAAGAACACAAGAAGAGCCUUGUGGAUUGGGCUAGUGGCCCAUCUAGUCCAGCACCCUGUUCUCACAGUGGCCAACCAAAUCCUUAUGGGAAACCACAAGCAGGAUUCAGGCACAAGAGCAUACUCACCUGCUGUGAGAGCCAGUGUGGUGUAGUGGUUAAGAGCAGUAGUCUCGUAAUCUGGGGAACCAGGUUCGCGUCUCCGCUCCUCCACAUGCAGCUGCUGGGUGACCUUGGGCCAGUCACACUUCUUUGAAGUCUCUCAGCCCCACUCACCUCACAGAGUGUUUGUUGUGGGGGAGGAAGGGAAAGGAGAAUGUUAGCCGCUUUGAGACUCCUUAAAGGGAGUGAAAGGCGGGAUAUCAAAUCCAAACUCUUCCAAAACUCUUCUGUGGUUUCCAGCAGCUGCUUUUCAGAAGCAUUGGGGUCUCCAUUCUUGGAGGCAGAGCAUAGCCAUCAACAGCCCUUUUUAUGCUCUAUAUUGGGGAAAAUUGCUUUGCAAAAAUGUGUACAUUGGGAGGAAAUGCAGGCAAAAAAGGUCCGCGAAGCCUGGCUGGACAGCUUUUGAAGGCAGGUGGGGGGACAAGACUUUCGCCCCCGCCAACCUUCAGAAGAGGUCCAGGACCUCUUCUGAAGGCUGGCGGGGGCAAAGUCUUUGUCCCCCUGCCUGCCUUCCCAGGGGCUUUAAAUUGCCCCGGACAGCGGAGAAGUCCUCCGCUGUCCCGGGGCAAUUUUAAAUGCCGCCCGCCAGCAUUUUAAGAUCGCCCGGACAGCGGAGAAGCCCUCCGCUGUCCCGGGGUUUUUAAAUGCUGGGGGUGGAAGAAAGCCCUUGUCCCCCCAGCCUUCAGAAGAGGUCGGGGGACAGACUGUCCCCGGACCUGGUCUGAAGUCGGUUCUCUAGGAACGCAUUAAUUGAUUUUCAAUGCAUUCCUAUGGGAAACCGUGCAUCGCAAGACGAAAAACUCGCAAGAAGAAAAAACUUGCGGAACGAAUUAAUUUCGUCUUGCGAGGCACCACUGUAUAUACAUUAGCAGAAAAGUGAACUAAAAUGGUAAUGAAUUUUCAUGAUAUAUAUAGUGCUUGCGUGCAUUCGUGCGCACGCAUGCAAACUGAUGUGGAAAUGUGUGAGGACAAGAAAUAGGAGAAACCAAAAUCCUGAAAUCGACAGAUUCCUCCAUCCCUAGUCUCCCUCCAUUUGUGUGAAUAGCUGCACAGCCAUACAAGAGGCUGGUUUUAUUCGUACAGCUGGGGGCUUGUUUUACACACUGUGUGGCAGACUAAGUAUGGCAGAACCAGAGAAUGGAAAGGUUGCUUUUGUGGCCUAGGUGUCCCCACAUCUCGUCUCCGCCUUGGGUUGUGGUCUGUUCUCUUUUCUUGGAAAGGUGCACAUUUGUCAAAUAAAGCCAUUCCUCUCCGGAUGAAGAUGACCCCCUCUCUGCUGUUCGCAAGCCUUCUGAGUUUUAAAGGAUUGAUUUCAAUCCUUUCUGUUAUCCAAAUCUGAUAAAAUCCCUCUAAGCUUAUCUACUGAUACUCUGUAAGCAUCCCUGUUUCUUCUCUGCUUAGAAUCUUUGUCAUCUUCUUUCUCAUCUUUGCUGUUUGCUUGUCCUCAACAUGGAUGGGGGGUGAGGACAGGGGGAAAGAGGAGGUUUUACUUAUCUCUUCAUUCUUCCUGAGCUUACUUUGGGGGAGGGGGAGGAGGGGGGGACUUUCUUUCCUUUUUGCCUUGCUUGCUUACUUGCUUGGAGUUAAAUUUGAAGCUAUCAAGCUCAUCCUCUGAAAUGUGACGUCUCCUUGUCACAUUAGAGGCUGUGCCUUUCACAGAAAGUAUCUGAAUUUCAAAGUAACAUCACAUUUCAUAUAUCUAUUUGAAGGAGAGUUCAUCAUUGUUGGAGAUAAUUUUCACAUCUCGCUGUGCAAAACACACAGACACAAAACCCUUAAAAACCAGAGGAAGUGUCCAGGAAGAAAACUCAGUGGCUGUUUCUAAAAUCCAAACAAACAACAUAUCUGCAUGGAAAAUAGCACGACUGGCUUUUCUGAGGGCUUUGCUAAGUUUCUACCUGAGACUUGUGAAAAACCUAUGCCACACUGAAUUUUAGUUGGAAGGUGUUGCCCUGUGAUGAAGCAGAGCUCAAAUGGCAAUGUAUCCAUUUGAUAAUUGCUGGAAAAUACAGGGACUUUUCAUAUGGUGAGGUUUACGGGUGAGGGAUUGUAUAGCCAUAUCAGACUUCAUGUCAAUAAAUGCUCUGGUGUGGGAGAAAACUUGUGUUUCACAUUCAAACUUUUAAGUCAGAAAGUUGUGAAGGAAGCAAAUGCAGCAGCCAUAAAUGGUCUUGUGGAAGGUGGGAGGACAGAAUCUCUUUGCAAUAACAGUGCUCCUACAGGAAGCAGUGAUGGCCAUUAGCUUGGAUACUCUAAAAGAGGACUGGACAAAUUCAUGGAGGAUAAGGCUAUCAUUGGCUGCUAGCCAUGAUGGCAGAGCUCUUCGUCUGUGGUUUGAGGUGGUAAUGCUUAUGGAUAAAAAGAGCCUGCUUGAUCAGGGCAAUGGCUCAUCUAGUCUAGCAUCCUGUUCUCACAGUGGCCAAGCAGAUGCAUGUAGGAAGCCUAUAAGCAGUACUUGAGUACAACAGUGCUGUCCCCACUUGGGAUUCUGAGGAGCUGGUAUUCAGGAGUAUAUAGCCUCCAACAGUGGAGGCAAAUCAUAGGUUUCUGGUGGCUGUAGGGGGAAGGCAUCAGUUCCUUAAGAAUGAAAGGAGAUACAGGGGUUUAUUGCAAGUAAAACAAAGCCUCUGGCAAGGCUCUAGAGCAGGCAUAGGAAAACUCGGCCCUCCAGAUGUUUUGGGACUACAACUCCCAUCAUCCCUAGCUAACAGGACCAGUGGUCAGGGAUGAUGGGAGUUGUAGUCCCAAAAUAUCUGGAGGGCCGAGUUUGCCUAUGUCUGCCCUAGAGACAGUGUGCUUGACGAUCCUCAACCUCCUCCUGGGAAACUGCCAGUGCAUAAGCACCUUACUUCUCCCGAGCAUUGAUUUGUUGGCUUAGUUAUGCUAAAAAAUUUAAAAAUACUGUUUCUUUAUCUGUCUUUGUAAGGGUCUCUGCAUUUUCUAGCUUCAAUGAUUUUAUUCCAGAGAAUGUGAAGGUAAUCAGUGUCCCUUGCCCCUACCAGGUAGGAAAUUCUGAGCUAAAUAAGCUGUUAUAAACUGCUGUAUUUGAUUUGGGAAUUCCAAUAAUACAAAGCAAAACUUUCUUUUUAAGGAGUGGUUCUGCCGGCUUGUAAGAUAAUCUCCCAAAGAGAUGGCAAAAGGCCUCCAAUUGAGUUGUUGUAAAAGCAGCAGUGGGAGAGUAAUCAUCAAGCACAGUGGGAUUUGUGCUACAAAAGCUGCAGUCUAUUCCCUCCCUCCCCGCCAGUACCCACUCAUGCCAUAGUUAAUUAUAGACCCCUAAAUGCUCCUUGCUAGGCAGCAUAGAGACCUAAGCGCCAACCUAAGCAGGAAGAACUUCAUCCCACAGUGAGCAGAGAGAGCAAAAUCUUUCUGAAAGACUCAGGUGGCAUCUUAAAACUAUGUGUUCAGCUUCAUUUUAUGUCUUAUGGCAAGUUUGUUCAUGUGUAGGAAAUUCACCUGCCCUGCUGCCACAUCAGCAUCCUUGAGUUGGAGCUUUCCUUACCUAGCAUGCAGGGAGAAAGAUGUAAAUAUGCAGUUGCUGCAUUGUAACAGCCCCUUUGUCUGAUUCUGUGCUGAUUCUUUCUUUCCUUCUUAUUUGUUUAUUUCAUUUACUAUUUGCAUAUAUAGCCUGCCCCAUUCACCAACUGGUCCUAGGACAUCUUACAAAAAUACUGCACUUAAAAUACGUAAAAUUCACAUUUAAAUCAUGAAAUAGAACCGCAUAACAAAUGUGGCAAAACAGUAGCACAGACUAGCAGUGCACAGCAACGCCAGUGAAGGGAAGAUAUCCACUUUGGCAAAGUUCUGGGUAAAGAGGUGCAUCUUGGCCAAUUGUCAAACUGCUUACAAUAAAGGCACAAGAUGCAUCUCAGAGGGAAGUCAUUCCAACACCUGGGGGCCACCAUAGAGAAGGCCCUUACAUGUUUUGCCCACAAAGCUGUCCCUGCUGAUCUUAACUCCCUUGGCAGGUUGAUGCCUGGUCAUUUUGAUUUUUGGCAUGGUAAAGACCCCCAUCGGUACUUCUUCCCUGAUUAAAAAAUACCUCCUGCACUUGGUAUGUGAACCCACUCUACUGUGUGCCAUAAUCUUCCCUGAACACCCACAACAGAACAUUUUGUAGCCUCAUUCCCCUACCAGAGUUUGGUGUAGUUCCUUGUAAGUUUGAGUUCAAUGGCUUACAUGUUGCAAGAGUCCCUUCGGCAAUGUCUUACCAUACAGGCAACGAAGAUUGGAACUACACAGUGGCAAGUGUAUAUUUCCAAACCUGCAUCUGUCAGAGCAAGAACAUUUGUAGGGGAGAAGUGAUAGCAGUGGCGUAGCGUGGGCUGUCAGCACCCGGGGCAAGGCAAGUAAUUUGCGCCCCCUAACCCGUGGAUUUGCGCCCCCAACCCUAACCCCCGGAUGUUGCGCCCGGUGCGGCUGGGCCCCCCUGCACCCCCCACGCUACGCCACUGAGUGAUAGGCAGGAAGAAGGAAUGCUUAAGCUUUUCUGCUGCCAGAAGCUAUUGAAACAGUGUGCAAUAAGAUAAAAUACAAAACAUCAAGCUCUUACAAACAAGAAAACAAUUUCUACAGUUGAAUUUCCAUAAAAUGGCUUCUUAAACAAAAACACCUUCAGUGGCCUAAACAUCUUGUUUGCCUAAUUCCAGCUGGUAACUGAUUCCAAAGGGCUACAGCCGGUUUCUUGUACAAACUAAGCACAUCUCUGGGGCGUUUAGGUACUCUCAGUGCCAUCCAAGGAGUGCUGUUGCUGCGCAUGGCUAUACAUACAGUCAUUUGCCAAGUAGUAACUUACAGAGUCAUCUACUACCACCGCUCCUUACACCAGGCUGGAAGUGUAGGGGGUUGGAUUAGGUACAAGUGUUCCUCCGCCCAGCUCUCUCAGCUCAGCUAAUCAGCAGGAGGCCUGCUGGCUUGGACCAAUGGAGACAUGGAGCUCACAGGGGCCGGGGGGCUUAGCUGACAAACUCCAUGUGGUAGCAUUGGGCCUGGUUGUCCUUCUCCCUACCUCCCACUGCCAUGAGCGGCUCUGACACUGCCCCUCCUUCAUGUGAUGGGAGAUACAAUUGUGCCCUUACUUGAAAGGUAUCAUCCUGCUGAGUAAUAUGGAAGGUGUUUGCCAUCUUUCUACAACUGAUGAGAAAUUUGUGGAAGCAGAGCAAUAGUAAAGCUGUCCUCUUCAUUUGGCAAGAUGAUACAGAGGACUAGCUUACCGGGUAGCUACAGCACACUGUGACAAAUCUGUACUUGACCAUAAAGAAAAAAGAAGAAGAAGGCUAGUUUCUUCCCAUAUUAAAAUGAGACAUUCACUGCCUGUCUCCCUGGCCUGGAGGCCUGAUUUUAAGUACUCCCCGAACCAUCUACUCUUUAGUUUUAACCAAUGUGUACCCAUUAACAGGACACAUCUUGUUUACUUCUACUCCAGAGACAAAGCCACCUACAGUUCAGUGGUCUCCUAGAUUAAAUUAUCAAUACUAUUAAUGGCUACAACUCUCUCUAUUGAUCUAUUGAGUUGGGCAUCCAAAGGGGUGUUUUUAUCAAGGAAGGGAAUCAUUGAAGAGUAGCAGAAGCUUUAGAUUGGUUUUACUGACAGCAUCACUUACUAAAACUAGGAAAAGAUUAAGCAGGUUCAAUGCCCCUUCUUCCCUUCAGCUAUUUCAGCAUGAACUAGAGAAAUAUUGCACACUGUUUUUAGCAUGUACUUGUUAGGGACUGGCUGGAUGAGGAGGAGUGGUGGCAGGCACCAGGCAGGGAACUCCCUAGGGAUGCAUCAAAGGAGGAAAGAUCAGAGCCCAGGAGUGGUGGUGGGACACUGAGGACAGGUCAUAGGGGGAAGGAGGGGAGGAGUGGUUGGAUUCUGAAAAGGCAACAGACUUUAGUGAGCAAGAAGAGCCAAGGGCAGAAAGCAGUUCUGACUCAGCUGAUGAAAUAUCUCAGGAGCUUGCUGCUCCUACUGUACUAAGCUGCCCUUCCCACUUGUCUCCAAGGACACAGAGGGCUAUACAGUAUGUGUAGCAAAACAAAGGGCACAGAUCCACACACACUACACAUAGUUUGAGGUUGCUUGGCAAAACAUCCAGCUUGGGGGGGGGGGGGGACUUAGAGGGAAGUAGAAGAUCAAAACCUUCAGUCCUGGCAACUGUUUCAUAGGGGCCAGUCCUGUUUGUAGGCACUGCUGUCUGGUGGUAUGCUGUUUUCUUGAAUAAAAGAGCUAACUUUUCUGCUUGUCUCUGCAUCUCACAGUACUGCUUUAUAGCAUGCUCAAAGGGGUCUCUUAAAAUGCCAUGAGUGACUUCUCUGGAGUUGCCCUGCCAUAGCACUACUGCCCACCUUCCUAACUUCAAAGCACAUUUGAUCUUUCAAAGCAUACUUGUUUUGUCUCUGAGAAGCAGAAAAAUCCUUUCAUGGGAUUUUUUUUGUUCUUCUGGUAGUAGGAUUUUUAUUAUUUUAUCACAACAUGGCUACAUCCUCUGUGACAGAUAUAUGGAUGAGUGGAGGUGUAUCUUCUUCCACAAUUUAGCCCGCAGGAUAGCUCAGUCAGUAGAGCAUGAGACUCUUAAUUGCAGGGUCAUGGGUGUGGGGCAAAAAGAUUCCUGCACUGCAGGAGGUUGGACUAGAUGAUCUUCACAGUCCCUUCCAACUCUACAAUUCUAGGAUUCUAGGGUUAUUAUUUUUUCUACAAUCUCUAUAAUGCACUACUGUGUUAGUAUGCAAAGUGGUUUAUAAGUCUUAAUCUAAGGACUGCAACACACAAGAUGAAAAUUUCCCACAUAGUAGUCAAUUCCAUUUUUCUAAGCAGCAUGACUCUCCUGUGUAGAUUGUCAUUUUGGAUAAAUGCACUUGCAUCUGUUUCUCCACGAGUAUACACUGUGGUAAAAUGCCUUGGCAAAAUACACACACACAAACACACACACACACACACAACAAACUAUAUGUAAUAUCUAUGGCCUUUCCUGCCUACCUAAAAGUGACUUCCACAUACCAAAUUUUGCAUGGUGAAGCAGCCAUCAUUUACCUUUCCAAUAACCCUAUUUCCUAUUUUGAAUAACGGGGAUGAAAGAACAGUAACUUGCUCCAAGCUUUCCUGGAGGUCCAAGGUCCUACUUUUCUGCUUCUGCACCUCCCUCAACACAGUCCCUCCAUUUCACAUUAAAGAGAGUCAUGCGGAGGACUUCUCUGUGCAAGAGAAACAAGAGCACCUGUGUCCCUGUUCUUUGGCAAGCGAGGUUGCUCUCAUAAUGUGCAAAGAAAAAUUAUUUGCCCAAUUUAAGCGUCAGGCUGAAUGCUCCAUGAAUGCACUGCUUUGCAUUUAACUAUGACAAACAGCUAAUAUGUUCAUGCCAAAAGCACCCUCGUUUCUGUUUGUGAGUGUGUGAUUACAGGCAACCACAGAGACAAUUUUAUUUUAAUUUUUGCCUCUUUGUUGUGAACCUGCAGGAUAAAUCUGAAUAUGAGAUGAGGUAGUAACUAAAGAACAAUUUCUCCUGCUUUCUAAGGAGCUCUAAUACCUUAAGCAGUGAUAAAGUAGCAGCUGGCACACUAUGUUUUAAUUUCUGAAUAGCCAGGGCAUAAUGCACAGCAUUAAUCCUUCCAGCUGUCCAGUAGUUAAACAGCAUGUAAAAUCAAUGGUGUAGUAUUCUUUCCUGCCUUAUCUUAUUUAUCAAAGACUUACACUUGAUAAACCUGCAACUAUUAUUGUUUCCAUCUUUGUGUUCCUUUUAGAUUCUUCUGUGUUCUUUGACUGUGACAAAAUAAUGAAAUGGGGGAAUUUGGAAGAAACAUUUUGCUCUAAUGGCUUGGAAAAGAGCCAAGGGGCUAUUCCAGUCUCCACUAGGCAUAAGUUCAGAUAAUGAGAUAUGUAUUGCUAUAAUGUUUAGGAUCAGACUUCAUAUUUAGUUGGAAGUACUAACUGAAGAGCCCAUUACCUUGUAUUUUACUUGAAAACUAUUUUUGAAGAUAAUUUCUUCAUAACGUCUCCUGUUUUCCUUCCACUCCUUCCCACGGGCCUUUUUCUCCACCUGUCCCAACCUUUUAUGGGUAAAAUUUGAUGUGCCAAACUCCAGCUUUCUCCUGAUUCUUUUCCUCUUUGCUUCAGUGGAGUUAAUGACAAAAUGUGCUAAAUACUGGGGAUAUUUAGGCCUUGAAAUGCAGCAGUCUUCAUCUCUGCCCUAGUGGAGAAUUCCCAUCAAGAGAAUUAAAUUAGCGGAAGUAGAAGUUUUAUGGGGCGAUGACCCCACUUACUUGUACUAGGAACAGUGCCUUAUACAUCAUUAUUCAGUAGAGUUGCACUGCUGGGAGUCUGUGUCUCAGUCGUAGCUGCAAGGUUCUCUUACUGAAUGAAGCAAGCUUUUCUUAUUCCUUUUGAUCAGCUUAGAUUAUUCUUAUUCUGCUCAUUGACUCAGAAGUUGACCGUGAGCGUAGAAGUUGGGAGGGAGUUUCUGCUCUGAUAGAUGGGUUUCCAGGGCAUGCUCAUUUCCAGGGCCUGUAUCUGCUUGAGAAUUUGAAAUCCAAAAUGUGUAUCAUUUGGACAUGGGAGGAUAGCAUUUUUCAAAGGUUGUGCACCUAUAUAUUCAUUAUAAAAAUGUGUCAUUACUUUGUUUAUAUAAUGCAAAACUGGCCUGUUUUUCAUUAAUUCAUUGAAAUUUUUUUAAAAAGAUCAUAAUAAUACAACUUUUUAAAAUUUACACUCAAACCUUCAAUAACUACUCUUUUUAAGGCAGUUUUACAAUGGCACACUGGCUGCUACAGUAGCUUUGUUAAUAGUAGUCUGUCUAACUUGAAAAAGUCCUUCUUGCGUUCAGAUAGAUUGGCCAGAGCAUGAAAUGAAAGCUCCUUCCUUGGCCCUAACUCCUUUAGCUCAUGCCCUGCUUUCCAGCUCCACUUCUGGAUAACUCCAGUACUUUGGAACAAGAAGCACAAAAUAGCUAACAGAAGGUUAUAUGGAAGUGAAGCGUUCUUUUCUGAUUCCAGUGGAGCCAUUCUGAGGUACCAGACUAGCCUUCAUCAGCCAUUGAUUUGAUCCAGUUCAUUUUCAAAAUGAGUAAUGGUUCUUUUGCAUCCACAGUGUUUCCAGGGAAAUUGUUCCAAAAAUUUUACUCUAUGCAUUUCAGGAAUAUGUUUUCCUGCCACAGUUCAUAUCACUGGACCAUGUUUUAUUAUGUGACAAAUAAUAUUAGCUGUUUCAACAUGCCAUGCCAUCUACCAAAUAUGUGAGCUAAUAGUCAAUUACACGCACAACCUCAUUUGUUUCUGGGGAAGCUGUUGCGAAAUUGCUAGUUUAGCUGACAAGUCUCAUCCAGACUGGAGAAUAAAUGGGCACAUACCAAAGCAAUUCAGUACAAACCGAACAUAACACUCUGGGAAUGCUAAUUGGUUGUAAUGCUGCACUUGUUGUAUUGAGGGGUGAAGUGCAUUAAAUAACCUGACGGACCAUUUUGUGAUUGGCAGAUUGAAAAUAACUUGCCUGAAAAGCACCAUUGCCUCGGAAACUAUUUUGGGAAAAGUUGUUUUCACAACAAUACAUUACCUGUGAUAUUUGUGAGGAAAAUUGUUACCUUUAUUACAUAGCCUAAAAGUGCUGUGGCAUGUAUAUAAAUGGGUUGAUUGAUUUACCAGUUAAUUGGUUAAAUUGGCUACAGUUAGUCAAUUAAAAACAAAAGUAGGACAUUUAUAGUGGUUUAUAAACUUUUAAACUUGAUAUGAACUCUCUAAACAUUUCUCACACUUAAAAAACCCAACUGAAAAACCCCAAGGUUUAUUACCACAACCCAUAGAGAUGUAGUCAUCUCAGGUAGUAGACUGGGGAUGCCACUGAAGGAGAGUUUCCCCUUCCUGCUCUUAAGUGCUACAGUCUCUCAGACAUCAUCUUUCAGGGGUGACUUGCCAGUAGUGGAGUCAAAAGUGAGCACCCCCUUUCCCCUCUCUUUUUGACACCCUUUUCUCUCUCUCUCUCCUCCUUCUUCCUUUCCUCCCAGGGGUUGCAAGGAGAGAAACAGAGAAACAGAUCUCUCUUGCUAGCAGUCUGAACUGAUCCCUUGCAAAGGGCUUUUGAAAUUAAGUCACAUGUGGCAAUAGGACCAUAGUUUGCCCAUCCCUACAUUAAAGUAUGGUACAGUGGUGCCCCGCAAGACGAAUGCCUCGCAAGACGAAAAACUCGCUAGACGAAAGAGUUUUCCGUUUUUUGAGUCGUUCCGCAAGACGAAUUUCCCUAUGGGCUUGCUUCGCAAGACGAAACGUCUUGCGAGUUCUUGCAAGUUUGUUUCCUUUUCUUAAAGCCGCUAAGCCGUUAAUAGCUGCUAAGCCGCUAAUAGCCGUGCUUCGCAAGAAGAAAAAAACGCAAGACGAAGAGACUCGCGGAGCGGAUUAAUUUCGUCUUGCGAGGCACCACUGUAAUUUUGUCAAAUUAGGAGUGGCACUCUUUGGACUUUCAGUCUCAAGUAGCAAUAUACCUAACAUCUCUUCUGGAGCUAUUUUCCCAGUAUUGUUCUCCCCAGGGUUAAUGAUCUGACUAACCAUUCAGUCAAAGCACUUGUAUGGAAAUUUGUAGUUAGAGAAGCUUUUUUUGCUUGUCCCUUCUUUUAUUACAAAGCACUCUUAAGGAAAAGAAUGCAAGAGACAGCUAAUGCCCUUACAUGCCUAUUGAGUCAGUGCUUUCCCCCCCUUCCAUUUCCCCCCUCCACAUACACACAGACAAAUAACUGUAGGAAAUGAGGUGCAUUAUGCCAGUUUUCAUAAUAUACUCUUCUUAACUGCAUCAUUUCAGUUUUCUAGUGAACAAAACAUGUAUGGGGGCAUUUGGUCAUAAAAUAUAUAUUGGUCUAUAGAUGAAUAAAUAUGCUUCUCCAUCUCUCUCUCUCUCUCUUCUACCCCACUCCACAUUUUUCUUUCUUUUUAGAGGAAGAAAUAGGGAAAGUAAAGCUGCAUUAUUGUUUACUGCUCUCAUUUUAAUGCUCCUGGCACAACUUUCCUUGGUAUCUAGGAUCCUGAAGAUUACUUUUGAGAGCGCUUUAAGUGGCUUCUUCAACUGCAAUUGCAGCAGCUCUUUCUUGGAACCUUGAAGAACAAAACUAAAAAGAAAUCCAUAUCUUUCCCCUCGCAAGUAAAGAAACACAUACCGUACUGUAAUAAUAGCAAAAUCAAAGAAAGUAAACAGAUGGCUUCUGUUAAAGCCAGCACAUCUUAUUUAUGAUCAUUUAGCAUUGCAUCCAUUGGUUAUUUGAGAUGGCCUUUGAUGUGAGAACACAUAGGUCCAUAAGCAGGCGCAGAGGAGAUGAGGAAGAAGCAUUAUAUUAAUUUGUAUCAGCUGCUGGUGGAGGGUCAUUUUUGUGCAUAUGUGUGGAAUGGUCUUAUUUGCAUGUUUGGCAGAUUUCAAUAGACAGAGAAAAGGUAUACAAGCAGAAGGAAGGGCGGAGAUGAGCUAAUGAAGAAAGAAAGAAAGGAAUGCUUGUUAGACCCACAGGAAAGAGAAAUAAAUUCACAGUUGAAGUUUAUAAAUUGCAUCAGCCCUGCCAAAAAAAAAAAAAGGAGGGGUGCUUAUGCAAACUUUGCUCAUUGAUUUGUAAUCCACUCAAAUGAAAUCUACAAAGGCAAUUUCCUCUAUGCAACCUGGAGUGCUACAUUAGCAGCGUACAGUCACUGCAUCUUUCACGUUUAUCACAACUCUUUGAACUUUUCAGGAAAGCUUUUAUCCUUGCUACCGUAAAUUAUUAUCUAAUAAGGGAAUGAGGCUAGUGAUCCAAGAGGGCUGCUGUUGAGCUAUUAAGCAAGAUGAAUAGGUCAGUUGAAAGUGCCAAUUAAGUACAGGGUACUUGGGGGAAGCGAAGGGAGAGAUGGUCACUCUCUGGCUGUAGGAAAGUGUUAGCUACGAUGGUCGUGGGUUGGAUCAUGUCUGCAUGAUCAUGAAGUUCUGAAAUCUUAGACUUCUGGCGGUUUGAAAUAAGCACCAGAAGGACUGGCAUUAAGGUAAGUCACACACUCCUUUGACUGAAUUACAUGCUAUGUAGCCCAUGUGUUUAUAGAAUUGAGGAGAGAUUUCACAGCAACUUGAUAAUUCAGGACUGCAGUUCCAAAACCAACAGGCUCAAUCUUGGAAUGCAUGAGCAACCCCCAAGGUAUCUCUGAUCCCCCUACAAAAACACAAGGAGCCCCCAUCAGUGUAAAUAGGUUUGUGGAAUUGUUACCAAAGCCUUCCUCCACUCCUGACCUAGUUGGUGCAAAGCUGCUGCAAUGCUGUUGUCUUUAAGCUCAGCCUACAAUCACGACAGAGGUGAGGGGAAAGUGACCAGUUUUCUUUAGCUUCUUUCAGCCAUGGGCGAUAUUGAGAAAGGCUGCUUUUCACUCAAGCAGACAGGAGCCUCCAAAAGAACUUCUUGUACCACCAGGGCCUGUGGGCAAAAGCCAGAACUUACAGGUGUCUUCCCCUGCUUCUGAGGAUCCAAAGGUCUCCCACAGCACCUCCCAAGCCCAGUGGUGCAGGGAGUGUACCAGGUGGUAAGUUAAGGAAUGGAGGAGGGAAGGCGUGCCUGUCUUCAAGCCAGAGGGUUAGCCCCCUGAAGCUCCUGACAAGGGGGCAGAGCCCAGGAGAGGAAGUCUUGAGGCUGAGGCUUAAAAAGGCUCAGUCUACUCUCAACCUCUAUUUGAGCAAGUUGGUCACUUGGAGCUUUCUGUGGUCAGGCAAUUCUUGCCCUGUAGAAUCCAGCGGCAGACCACAACACCUUUUGGGAACUAGGGUUUUCAAGGUGCUAAUUAAAAAGGAAAGUGCCAAGUCUUUUCUCAGUAUUUCAAAGGAAGUCUCCGAUUGUGUUUUCAUAAGUGGUGGGAAUUAGGUGGCUUGGCAGCUUUUAGCUGUAAUGGGAAACUUAAAGAGAUGCAGGGUCGGCCUUUGUCACACCACACCUGUCCUGUGCCUUAGCUCACUGCACUCUACUGUUUUAAGCUGUUCUUUGCCUGCUGACUCACUUCUGGCAUCGGAGCCAAGCUUGGGAGAAGCAGUUAGCUCAGUUGGUUAGAGCAUGGUGCUGAUGAUGCCAAGGUUGCAAGUUUGAUCCCUGUAUGGGACAGCUGCAUAUUCCUGCAUUGAAGUGGGUUGGACUAGAUGAUCCUUAGGGUCCCUUCCAACUCUACAAUUCUGUGAUUUCUAUGAGUUUAAAACAGCAGAGUAUGGUAAAGCGAAGUAGGAGGAGGGUGUGGACUUCGCUCUCCUCUUCUACUGCUUUUUAUAUAAAACAUUACCCCACCCCCUGCCUUAAAGUCAAACAGGCAUGCUUCAUAAACUCUUCUAUGUACAGUUUGACCCAAUUCUGUGCACCUCCAUCCUGCAGUUAAGUUGCAUAUCACAGUCUUUGGGCACAAGCUACCUGGUGCUGCAAAUGAAACAAGGAAAGAAAUUUAGAAUUGAGGCUUGCAUCUAAUUAGAUACCUUGGCAUAAAUAAAGACCAGUGGACCAGUUGUGUUUUUUUUUUAACAGCCUCCUCCAGCUUAACCCCCCUCCUCCAUAUUGUUAUUAUCUCAGCUACUAGUAAGCUGUGUGGGAUCUCACUGGAAUGGUACAGGAGAAGCAAUGUUUACUUCAACUGUUAACAAAAAAAUGCCCUCUUGCGCCAAUUAAAAGAACUUGUUUCCAAGAGUGAUGUUUCAUGUUGCAUAAUUUGUAAAAGUAAUCAUUUCCCUAUGGAUCCUUGAAAGUGCUGAAGCAGAGGGGUGUGUGUGUGUGUGUGUGUGUGUGUGUGUGUGUGUCUGAAUAGCGAAACAAAUUACACACAAUUAAGAGUUUUCAAUGGUAACUCUGGAUUGGGGGGGGGGGUGAAUUUGCUUUUGGUAAUCUAAGUGACCAUUACUUCCCUGCCACUACGGCAUCUGGUAGUUUUAAUUUGAACUACUUCCUCUAGUUCAACUUUGAAUCAGGCAUGCAGAGAUUGGAGGAGAGAGAAAAAUAUCAAUCCCAACUUUAUAGCUCAGAAAACUCUCAUUUGUAUGCAAAUGCCACACGGUGACUUCCAGGGGAAAAUUUCACUGUGUUGCAAAGGGGCUUAUCAGUGCAACUCAGAAGCUAAAUCCCUGCGUACCUCACUGAGCAUUUGCCCUAUGCAUACCUCUUAAUGUGUUCAAAACAAGACAUGCUGUGAAAUUCAGAAAUCUACUUACGUUUGGAGGGGAAUGAAAUUGGCACUCAUGAAGGGCCAGAGCAGAGUAUACUGUAGUGCAGAUAACAAGCCUGCAUGCACUUGAGUCAUCCCCUGGUCUUUAACUGGGGCAUUCUGAUAUCUGGCCUCCCCAACUGGCUGCAGUGCUGAUCUCCAGCCAUUCUAUGCAACUAUGCAAUUUGCUCUUUCCCCCCCUCCAAAUUUCUACAGUUGUUCCCUCUCACUGUUUUAUAGUGACCUGCAAUUCUUUGAUUACUCCAGUUAGAUUUGCCACCUUGCUGCUUUCACACUUGAAAGAGAUUUUGGACCAUCUGGCCAUUUUUUCCUUUAGCUCAGCCUCAAUGCUAGACAACAAGCCAUUUCCCCCCUUGCAUUCAUUUUGAAGAGUGAGCAUGAGCAAAUGAAGUAUUCUCCCCCUCUUGAUGCUCCCUUGGGGGUGGGGAGAAGGCACAUUGCAGGGGCAACUUCUUGACUUCCUAGUUGCAUACAGUAUUGCAUUGCGCAGCUGAAGGCACCUCUUCUCCCCCAGCCCCUUGACACUCUUGCACUCACUACAGACAUAAAGAUGGCACAGGACACGCCAUCCUUUCUGGGUUCUUGUUGGGUUAGCAGGCACCAGCAAGGAGAGAAGUAUUAAAAUGAACCUUUCCUUGGUCGAAUAUUCAAGAUAUAUCUUAUGACCCUUCUGAUCACCUGGAGUAAACUGAAUACCCCUUAUCCAUUUGUUUGCCAUCUUUGCGACUCAUCCACUUCUUCUUUGUUUAGUCAGGAAUGCAAGAAGUAUCCCUGGGAAAAACAGGUAGCUGAUUUUCCCCCGGCUCUCUCUCUGCUGAUGAGCAGGAAGCAGGCCAUGGAUGCUGUGCACCCUUUGGUUCUGUAGUUACCAUUAUGAAUCGGGUUGGUGUUGGUACACUGUGUGGACCUUCCAGUCCCUGAAAUAGAGGUGUAUAGCUUUGCCCUUGGUAGUAGUGGAUAAGAAUGAGGAUAGCAAGAGCAAUCUCUAUGAUUUCUUUCAAUGAGGAGCAGGUGGAAGUAUCAGAAUGGAACAGAGUAGGAGGCAAUGGUGAUAAAAUACACACGUGUGCAUGCAAUAAAAAUGCAUGUUAAUCCCCACCCCCAUUGGGAAAUAGGAAACAAAAAGAGAUUUGGAUGGCUCUUUGGAGAAAGGCUGAAAGGCUGAAAAUAUGGAAUACUAUGUCUGUUGGGUAGGCUUGAGCUCUCCUAACUCGCCUCUUUUGCUUUUAUUCCACAGUCUGUUCGCCUACUGAGUUCCAGUGCAGCAACAAGACCUGCAUAGCUACAAUAUUUGUAUGUGAUGGUGACGAUGAUUGUGGUGAUGGCAGUGAUGAGAGGAAGUGCCCGCCCCUCACCUGCAACCCCAACGAGUUCCAGUGCAAUAACAGCCUGUGCAUCCCAGAGAUCUGGGUCUGUGACAAUCAGCCUGAUUGUGAGGACCAUUCUGAUGAGUCAACGGAGAAGUGUGGCUUCAAAGCCAAGCCACAAGCCACGAGCACCUGUGCAGCUCACGAGUUCCGGUGUGGCAAUGGAGAAUGCAUCCAUCUGAACUGGAAAUGUGACGGAGAUGAGGAUUGCAAAGACAAGUCGGACGAGCAAGAUUGUCGUAAGUGUCCACGGGGCAUUGAAGGGCACAUGGGGAGUUAGCCUUCUCAUGGGUUUUUUUUGUGGGCCUGUCAACAGUCAUCUAUCCUAAAGUGAUUGCCCUUGCAAUCCAGCCCUAUGCGUCCUUACUUGGAGGUAAUGUCUCACUGAGUUCAGAGGGUCUUACUCCCAGAAAUGCAUAGUACUGCAGCCUUUCAUGAUUACAUGUGAAUCAGUGAAUCAGAGGUUGAAGUGAGUUGCAGAAGAGCUGCCACCACCAAGCAAAACCAGGGCUGCUUCUUUCAUGCAUCUUUUAUCCCAAGAUAAGGUGUCAUUAGUGGAUUCGGUUGCUGUUCCAUACUGACCUGUGACUCACCCAAGAUAAUCAGGAAAAUAGUGUUGCUGAAACUCCGGAUUAUUAUUUCAAGAUAAAAAUUCUGAAGUGCAGCCCCAUGAUAGCUAAAUUAUUAUGGUAGAAAUGAGCCCACAGGCUCCCAAGAGCAACAUGCUAUAUUUUUAAAAGCAAACUUUAUUAGUGUGUGUGUGUGUACGCGCACGCACGCACGCACACACACACACACAGCAAAAUACAUACAAUUUGUACCCAAAUGUGACUUCAGCAGUUUUAGAAAAGCAUGUAUUUUAGAUAGAACCGGCUUCAGAUUUCCCUUUUUAUAAAUUAUUUCCUUGAAAUGAUAAUAUUCUCACCAUCUUAUUCCUUUUUACAUUUUCUUUAUACAGUCUGUAGGAUUAUGCCCAUUUGGGGUAUUUCCGCUACUGUUUUGCAAUUACUAUUAUUUCCAUUUUCUUUCUAUGUAUAUAGUACAGUGGUACUUUGGUUGUCAAACGGCUUGGCUCCCAAACAAAUCGGCUCCUGAACACUGCAAACCCAGAAGUGUGUGUUCCAGUUUGUGAACGUUUUUCGGAAGCCGAACAUCCAACACGGCUUCUGAUUGAGCGCAGGAAGUUCCUACAGUCAAUUGGAAGCCGUGCCUUGGUUUUCGAAUGGUUCUGGGAGUCGAACGGACGUUCAACAACCAAGGUACCACUGUAUAAUAAUAAUCUACACCCUUAUUUAUCGAAUUACAUAUUAGCCCUUGAAUCUAUGAGCAACAGUUCUAGGCAAGGUGAUAAUGCUGCUAGCUUCUGUAUAACAUUUCUCCUGGCAGUUGGGUAACCAGUCAGAGUUGAUGGGCUAGUUAAUUCUCUUAAGGCUAUCCACAGAAAAGCAUUUGCAGUAUACUUUUCUGCUCCUGAACUGAGAUUACUGAAGAAACACUGCUAUCUACAGCUGCAUAAGUUUUGCAUGCUAAAAUAGAAGCUCCUCUCACAGAAGUCAUCACGAUGUUCACGGCCCCAAGUUACUGAAUAAUGGAUUUCUCUCCAGUUAGCUUUGUGCCUUCCACAGAUUGCUGCAAUGUUUGGGGAUGUUUCAUCCAUUUUUCAGAUGCUAAAAAGCUUAAGCUGGUCAUUCACCCAAUGACUGUGGGAGAGAGAGAAGGAAAUGGAGAAAAUGUUUCACUGAAAUAUUCAUAAUUGUGACACAGGAAUGACAUGAAAUAUUUACAUCUAACAGCUACGUGUAAGCAGGAUGGCUGACGAAUGGCCAUCUGUGAGGGCUGAAUUUUUUCAUUCCCUUUAGAAAGCCUCUUUCAAUUUACAUACAAAACUAUGGGGGAAAUCACUGGAUAUCAUAUGAAUAAGUCCAAUAACUAAGUGAUGCCUGCCUUCAGGAAUUUAACUCUGGUUUAAAAAUCUCCCUUUGGGCUCCUGCAUAUACCACUUAUUUUUCCCAUCCAAUCUUUGUCUUCCAUCUUGCUUUUGUGACACCUCUUUCCUAUAUUGUGGCAUGGAAUCUUAACAGGAACAGCCUAGAAUUUUCUUCUUCCUUCCAUGCUUUGUUUUUAAUAGCUUGUUUGGAUCAGUAAGAUGGUGUCUUAUCCAACAUGUGUCAUUUUGAUGUCCUAGAGACAAACAUUAUUAUUAUUAUUAUUAUUAUUAUUAUUAUUAUUUAUUUGUACCCCGCCCAUCUGGCUGGGUCGCCCCAGCCACUCUUCUAACAAAGAUUAAAAAUACAUUAAAAUGUCACACAUUAAAAAAUUCCCUAAACAGGGCUGCCUUCAGAUGUCUUCUAAAUGUCAGGUAGUUGUUUAUCUCUUUGACAUCUGAUAAGAGGGCGUUCCACAGGGUGGGCGCCACUAGCGAAAAGGCCCUCUGCCUGGUUCCUUGUAGCUUUGCUUCUCGCGGUAAGGGAACCGCUAGAAGGCCCUCGGUGCUGGACCUCAGUGUCCAGGCAGAACAAUGGGGGUGGAGACGCUCCUUCAGGUAUACUGGGCCGAGGCCGUUUAGGGCUAUAAAGGUCAGCACCAACACUUUGAAUUGUGCUCAGAAACGUACUGGGAGCCAAUGUAGGUCUUUCAGGACCGGUGUUAUAUGGUCUCAGCGGCCGCUCCCAGUCACCAGUCUAACUGCCGCAUUCUGGAUUAGUUGUAGUUUCCGGGUCACCUUCAAAGGUAGCCCCAUGUAGAGCGCAUUGCAAUAGUCCAAGCGGGAGAUAACUAGAGCAUGCACCACUCUGGCGAGACAGUCCACGGGCAGGUAGGGUCUCAGCCUGCAUACCAGAUGGAGCUGAUAGACAGCUGCCCUGAAUACAGAAUUGACCUGUGCCUCCAUGGACAGCUGUGAGUCCAAAAUGACUCCCAGGCUAUGCACCUGGUCCUUCAGAGGCACAGUUACCCCAUUCAGGACCAGGGAGUCCUCCACACCAGCCUGCCCCCUGUCCCCCAAGAACAGUACUUCUGUCUUGUCAGGAUUCAACCUCAAUCCAUUAGCCACCAUCCAUCCUCCAACCGCCUCCAGGCACUCACACAGGACCUUCACUGGUUCUGAUUUAAAAGAGAGGUAGAGUUCGUUUUGACGUAGGCUAGAAAUAAGCCUUCUGCCUGCAUGUUCUCUCCUCUCUUUCCUUUUCCCUGUUUUUGCAUGCCUUAAUUCAAUACCUUCUGGUUUGUUAAAACCACAGUUUUCUGUGACACUGAGCUGAUAAAUCACGAUUUGAUAUCUUUGUUUGCAGGGAAUGGUCAAACCACAGUUUGAGUGUGGCUUGCUAUUCUGGUGUAUACGUAGUGCUCAAACCACAGUUUUCAAAUGUGAACAUAAUACAGAGAUUAUUGAAUUAAGGCACAAGAGUGAGGAGAGGAAGCCACAGGCAUGCAGCACAUCCCUGGCCCAACAAACCAUAGAAACCAUGAUUUGUUGGGCAAAGACCGUCAGGUCUGAAGCAGGCCACAGUGAUUUUUUUUCUUCCUGGAGAUUUAUUCCCAUGUACACAUUCCAGUACUAUGGAUCAUGUUCAACCUAGUAGAAGUGGAAGCAAGCACAAGGGCUCCUGCUAACCAGCGGCGUAGCGUGGGUUGUCAGCACCCAGGGCAAGGCAAGUAAUUUGCGCCCCCUAACCCCUAACCUGCCGCCGCUGCCAGCUUCUUCUUGCUGCUGCCUGGGCUGGUCUGGUGUGGUUCUCUCCCGCGCUCAGCGCUGCGCUGGAUGGCCGCUGCACUGUCCCUCCCCCAGAUAGUCCCUCGCUCUCUCUCCGCACCGCACGCCUGGCACCCACCCCCUCCACAGUGGGCGGCGACCCAGUGGCUCGGAUCGGGUUCGCACAGCCAGCACUGCAGUGAGAGAGAGUGAGUGAGCCAGGUAGGGGCAGAGAGCUGCGAGUGCGAGCGCGCCCCCCCCAGAUGUUGCGCCCGGUGCGGCCGGCCCCCCAUGCACCCCCCACGCUAUGCCACUGCUGCUAACACAAAGGGACUUUCCCCCUUUCCUCUCCCUGAGGACUCCCAGAAUUGCUCAUUGAGGAGGUUGUUCUGCUGGGCAAACAGAAAUGCUUGAGCUGGCAUAAUGUUUGCUUUAGUGCAAUACUGAAUUCUUCUCAUCAUGUUUAUUGUGUUAAGUUCAAAAUUCUCCUUUAAAAACAUUGACAUUACAAGGUCUGCUCUGGUCCCACUACACUUCUUUGUAGUGUACGUAAUAGAGGGAUGUCAGGAAUUAAAACUGAAUCUGUUCUGAGGCCAGGUUCUUUCACUUGUUGCUGUAAUUACUUUGAAAGAAUGAAAGCACUGGCUAUGUGUUAAUUAUGAUAAAUAGUAAAAAUGCUUUGGCAGAGAAACAAAAAGGGAGAUGAGCAGAUGAACCAAAAAAUAGAAAAGGUUUGCUUCGGUGGGUGAUAUUUCUUGUUUCUGUAGAAGUAUUAAAUAUUUUUUAAAUCCCUUAAAAUGUGCUUAGUGACAGAGCACUGUGUGUGGCAUCUCCUGCAAAAUAAUCUGAGGUGAUGGUACUGAAAGAGGCCUUUGCUUGAGAUAACUGGAGAAUGACUGCUGAUCUAGAUAGACCCUCAGAAUAAGGCAACUCAAAGUAUCCCUAAAGACAUGCAUGCCUUUAAAAUUAUUCAUAUGACAUACAAUACAUUUACCUUUGAACAAUAUGAAAUGUAAUAUAAGGAGUGUUUCAGCUAUUAACGACAUAGCCAUAAGGAGACAGGCAGGAGAUCAGCAUGGAUUGAAUAUGAGCAGCACAGGGCUUGCAGCAGGUCUGAUAUGCUUAAUGAGUGUGGCAAGCCUCUGGAAAUAACCCCGUACAGGUGCAUUCUUCACAGUUCCCAUUUGUGCUACAAAUUUUCAUGUGCAACUUUGGACUAAUUACUCCAAAUGCCUCCAUAUGGCACAUUUUACCAGCUGGCAACAGAAGCCCUAAGCAGUUUGGUGGGUAGGUUUUUCUGGCUGAUAGAGCAGGAGAACAACCUCAUCACCAAACCCUUCAAGCAUUUGCAUUCCGUGAUUCAAGUUAGUGAAGAACGACACUGCAUUGUCUCAUCCUUCUAUGUUUUCAACCUGCCUUAUUUUUUUGUGUUCCCAUAUUGCUUCACAUUAAGAUGCUAAAUGGAUUGUUAACAGGCUGUCAUGGACAAAUAAGAACCAGCUUGAAUCUAUGGCUGCUCAGAUCCCAAGGUGGCAAUUUUCAAAAUAUUUGAAUUGCUGAUUUUUUGUUGAAUUAGCUUAGUCCCAUUGACUUCAAUGAGGCCAAAGUGGCUUAAGUUGAAGAGGGCUGUGCUUGACAGUAGGUCCCCUAUCCAAAACACGGUGAUAAAACUGCAGUCCCCCAAUGUACCAUAUGUCAGAAGGUAAACAUGUAAAAUGUGCCUUUUGGAAUAAAAAAUACCAGAGAUGAUCAGGACAGUGCCUUGCAAUGCAACAUCCACUUUUUCUGGUGCUUUCUGCCACAUGUUGCUGGAUCUAAAAAGAAUCCCCGUAGGAUAAUUGCACAAAGUCCUUUUUAAAGGAUGUGCUAACAUGCAGCACAGAGUGGAAACCUUGGUGCACUCCUACAUCUGACUUUCAACAUACCUGCAAAGACACUUUUGCACUUUUUGACACUUUGGCGAGUUGGGAGGCAUUUGUAAUUUACUAAGGACAAACAGAAGCACUAUAAAGCAUUGUGCAAACAGUUCUCCUUGCCAGAGCAUGGUUCAACAUAGUGAUCUUGAGUCCCUGUUGUGUGUAUGUCCAGCAUGGGGGAUUGUACCAUAAUGUUAUCAUGCCUUAUGGUGCCUGCUGUGCUUGUUGCUUGUUGCCUCCUUGCUGUGCCCCAGAGUAUUGAGGAGCCAUAAUUUCUGAUCUCCGGGACAGUUUGCGAAAUUGCCGCAGAGAUUCUGCCGGGAGGCUCUUGGAUCACAUGAAUUAGUGUCUGUGUCAUAUUGCUCCAGCAACUCAAUGGCAGUGAUUUUCUGUCAUUUAGGAUAAGGAUGCAAUUCCCCAAAGAGGAGGCACUCAAAUGAGUGCUUUGAGAUAGGUUUAUUCAGGGACACUGUGGCAGCUGUAAGCUUUGAAAUUCAGCUCGGAGGUUGCUGUUUUGCACCCUCUAAAACCUUCAGUUGUUACUGUUUUUUACUGACAGUUUUUUUGAAAUGAUAGAGACAAUUAAGCUUGCUGAGCGAAAAGGUCCAGAAUAAAAGGGAUUGGAAGCAGCUAGGACAGAAGAAGAUAUCCCCAUGGUAGAAGGAACUGUUGUCAACAGCAAGGCCUACUGAGAAAACCAUUCUCAGCAAGAAACUGGUCAAGACCAUAAGGAGAGUUAAUGUACUGAAUAGGGUAUUGGACUUUUUAAAAAGACAAUUCAGACUGCCUCAACAGAAUAUGUCUAUAUUUGGAAUGCUUUUGCGGGGGGUGACACUGAUAAUUUUUGAUGGUGUUUUAGACUCCCUUUCUCUUAUAUGUACCUGCAUAAGGAUUUUUAAAAAUGGUUUAUAACAUUUCACCACUCACUUCCUGUUCAGUUGACAGUUUGUUUUUUCACAGCCUCUCAUUUCUCACACUGGUGAACUUCUAAGAAUUUUCUUCUUUUAGAUAUGUAUUUAUUUAUGAAUCUGUCCCCCACAUCUCAGUAUAAGUAUGUAUGUAUUUUUGUUUGCAUUGAAAAUUGAACAAGGAGGAAGUACCGGUAAUCAAAGAAAAUCUAUGCUCAGCUAUGAAGUUCACUGAGCGGCCCUGGGCUAUUCACCCUCUUUCAGCCUAACCUCCAUAACUGAAUGGCUGUGAGGUCAGAAUUGGGCAAGUCCCUCUCCCCAUGUAUGCCGCACUGAAUUCUAGUGUGGUGAGCAAUGGUGCCAGUCCCCACGGAAGAAACUUCAAAAGAAUAAAAAAUAUAAACAGCAAUGUAAAAUACAAGAUAAUUUCUACAAAUCGCUCUCAGCGCCAAAUGACCAGCAAUAAUAAAAAAGCACCCACUCAGCCCAAAAUAUAAAAACACAAUUCCUCUAACUCUUCCUUUUCUAAUAACAGUGCAGCAAUAAAAAUAUGAUUCACAUAUUGGUUACCUGAAGAAAAUAAUUACUUUAGGUCCUUUACAACAGAUGGGAGUGCAGUAGCUUUCCAGAGGUCAAAUGGCAAUGAAUUCCAGAACCCAGAGACUACUGCUAGAAACAGAACUGUUUAUUUUGUUUUAUUUAAGUUUUCAUUUAUUUAAGUCCUGCUCUUUAGGACUAGUCUAUCCAAGGCAACUCACAAAGUACAGUGGCACCUCAAGUUACAAAUGCCUCAGGUUACAAACACUUCAGGUUACAAACUCCGCUAACCUGGAAGAGUUACCUCAAGUUGAGAACUUUGCCCCAGGAUGAGAAUGAAAAUCGUGUGCUGGCAGCGCAGUGGCAGCAAGAGGCCCCAUUAGCAAAAGCACACCUCAGGUUAAGAACAGUUUCAGGUUAAGAACGGACCUCUGGAACGAAUUAAGUUGGUAACUAGAGGUACCACUGUAAUAAGAAGAUAGAGUUAAUUACAAUAAAAUCACAAUCUGUUUUAAAAACAGCAUUAACACUGAGGCAGAAAACAUGUGUCAAAAUACUCAGAAGUGUGUUAAUUUUUAUUCCUUUUCCCCCCCCAAGCUCUGGUGACCUGCAGCCCUGAUGAGUUCCAGUGUGGCGAUGGGACUUGCAUCCAUGGAGCCAAACAGUGCAACAAAGUGCAUGACUGCCCUGACAACAGUGAUGAGGCUGGCUGCGUUAACGGUAGGUGUAAUUGGUGUCCUUGUAUGGGGUAUAGCAGAAACCGUUGCUCUGGAAAAGCUCACAUAGAUGCUAGAGAUGGCAUCUAGUCCGUUUUUCACGACUCAGCUGCUCCUCACUGUGAACCUCUGGACCACCCAGCAAUGAGGCUUCCCCCCCCCCAAAAAAAAACUUUAGUAGGCUUUGCUUUUGUCACAUGUUGCAGCUAAAUACCCCAUUGCCUAAUCCCAUCCCAUUUCUUCUAAAUUUCCUCCUCUUGCAUCUUUAUGUCCUUUCUUCAUUUUCACGUGCCUAAUCUAACGUCAUCUGCUUUCCCUCCCUUGCCUGACGCAACAGAAGCGGCGUGCGAGAAUCCCACCAAGUUUCAGUGUAAGAGUGGAGAGUGCAUAGAGGAAGUCAAGGUGUGCGAUUCGCACAGGGACUGCAGGGACUGGUCUGACGAGCCCCUGAAAGCAUGUGGUACAGUACACUACUCUUCUUUAUUUUGUCCUCCUGUUUUAACAAUCCCUCACAUCCUCUGUCUGCUUAGGGCCGUCAGAACAGAGGCAUAUGGCUGCUGGUGAUGUGCCUAAUGUAGUUUUUCUGCUCGCCUUGUUUGUGUGUCUAUUGCAUGGGUGCAAAAGGAACUGGAAUCUAAUAGUUUGAGUCAUAGGCCAGGCAUUGUUCUGAGGAAAUGCCCUGUCACAUCAGGAAAUAAAUCCAGGUUGAUUGCAAAGAGGUUUGAACUCACACAUGAUAUGAAUUUCCCUCGUCUCCUGACCUCUUGCUGAUGCUAAUUAUUUGUUUUAGCUAUCGUAAAGUAUAAGACAAGGUUUAUGUGAAUGUUCACAUUUCUCUUACAGUUAGGUCUUAUAAAUGGGUGGCGUGAAGUCAACACACAGGCUCAAUUCAUUCUUCCAUACAUUUUAUUUGUAUGCCUUUUUUUCCAAACGAAAUCAUGCUCAACACUGGAUACAAGAAAGAAUACAGGAAUGCAUUUCAAAUGAACACUACAAAAACAAUUUCACAAUAAUAUAGCAAAACAAUGGCAUAGGAAUAAUGUAGCAAAACAAUAGCAAAUAGAAUAACAUAUCCCCAAAAGUACAUUUCAAUACCAUAAAUAUAAUAUGGUUACUUCAGGGGUCAGUAAACUUUUUAAGGAGGGGGCCGGUUCACAGCCCCUCAGUGGCGGGCCAGACUGUGUGUACACACAAUGCACACAGUGGAUGGGGGCUUCCCUCUCUCCCCCAACCCCUCUCCUCCCUUUCCUACCUCCUCUGCUGCUCUGCCUCCAGUUAGGAGCCGCUGGCGGCGGUGGUGCCUCUCCUUUCCGGGUCACCAGCUUUCCUGGGUGCCAGGCGUGGGGCCAGGAGGCGUGCCAAGCUCCAGCCGAAGCCCCGCAACACGCCCAUCAUGAUGUGCCCGUCAUGAUGCCCAUAGCGUGGCCAUGGACGGAGAGGUCGGUGGACGAGUGGCGAGUCUGAGCCACACCUCAGCGCGUGGGCGGGCGAGGCUUCGGAUUGGCUGUCUGCUGGCACCAAUCAAAGCCCAGCUCCCUUCCUCCACAGGGCAGGGAGAAGCCAGGAGGAGGGAGGAGGCACCGCCACAGUGAGGGGGGAAUGGUGCCCGAAAAAAAUUGCAGAAAAAAAUGGCGCAGCCCAAAUGAUCAUGCCGAUCCAAGUGGCGAUUCCAGGACCGUCCAUGGGUCAGAUCCAGAGGGCAAUUGGGCCUGAUCCGGCCCACGAGCCUUAGUUUGCCAACAUCGGGGUUACUUAAAUAGCAUGCAGCAUCCAGUAGCAAAAAUAGCGUGGUCCCGAGCUUCACCUUAGUCCUAGGAACACCCCUCCUGUGAUGAUGCUCAGUGUCCCUCUCCUGCUGCAGCUUCUUAGAAGACUUCCAAGGGCAAGGGGUGAGGUAGCUGGAAACACCCCUCCCACAAUGUUGCUUCAGAUGUGCACCCAGGUAGUGACAGCAUACAUGUGGUAGAGAAGUGGGCAAACAUGCCCCACUCUCCAGUCCACAGAUAAUGUCACACGUAGCUCCACGCAGGGCAUUAUUUACACAAGCCCCACUACUCUUUCCUAAGGACCACACAAGUCAGGCAUCCACAACAGCAUAUACCUACAUGGGCAUCACUGAUAUGCAUGAAGUUGUUAGGGGCAGGAGGCUUACCUUCUCCCACGCCAUGUGAGAGGUGUUGGCACCUGGGUAAGUGCCUGAAUGGGACUCUGCAAAUGCAUCCUCACUUAAAAUUUGCCUUUAUUUUGAUUGCACUCAGCAGGGGUGUGUUUAUAAGAAAAGGCCUCCGUGGAAGAACAGCAGCUGAUUCUUUCCAUAAAAAUGUAUCAUGUAAACUCAUCAUAAAAACUCUGAGUGAUGAGGCGCUGGGCAAAUGUCAUUAAGGUAUAGGAAUAAUUCAGUUAUCUGUGACUUAGAGGUGUAUUCAAAAAUAGCAGAAUCCUGAUCACAUCGUUAAAUAAGCCAAAUAUGUAUUGACUGAAUAAUAUUCACCAACAGAGUCGUCUCUUUUGGCAUGUUUUUUUAUUGACAAGUGAUCAUGAAUUCAGAAUAGCGUGUUCCCUUAGAGCAGAGAAAGUAUAAGAUCUCUUUCUAGGAUGAUCAAACAAAGCUAUUCUUAUUGAUGUGGACAUGACUGAACUGUUAACGCUGCUGAAUACGCUCUUGGCCACGAACAGAAUCAGAUUCUCUCUGAAUACAUUGUCAAGAAGGGGAUUGAAUAGACUGAAUCUUACCAUUAUGGCUGUUUUCACUACUGUUUGUUUUUGUGACAUCUUGAAGGCUCUGGUUAUUUAUUAUUUAUUUAGCAUCAAUGAUAAGGUGCUGUGUAGAACAUUCCUCUGUGCCUUGGCCCCAUGGUUUCACCUUUUUACCCCAGUUUCUGUUUCUGGGCAACAGCAAGUCUGCCUUAUUUGGCUUUGGUAAGGAUUAUCUUAGUGCAGGAAUUGGGACCCUUGGACCCAGUUUCCAUCUGCCCCCGCUGGCAUGGCCAAUGGUCAGAGGUGGUGGUAGCUGGACACCACCUCAGUUCCAUACCCCUGCUGCUGGGCUGGGUGAGAAGAAGAAGAGUUUGGAUUUGAUAUCCCGCUUUAUCACUACCCUAAGGAGUCUCAAAGCGGCUAACAAUCUCCUUUCCCCUCCUCCCCCACAACAAACACUCUGUGAGGUGAGUGGGGCUGAGAGACUUCAGAGAAGUGUGACUAGCCCAAGGUCACCCAGCAGCUGCAUGUGGAGGAGCGGAGACACGCACCCGGUUCCCCAGAUUGCAAGACUACCGCUCUUAACCACUACACCACACUGGCUCAAGCUGAAGCUUGACAAGCUGAAGCUCAGUCCAGAAAAGUCAGAGAUGGCUUAGCAAUUGUAUGUACCAUCUGUUCUGAAUUGUGUCAGGGGUAUUUGGGGGUAUUCUUGGAUUUGCUUGUGCUUCUGGACGGCCAGGUAGUAAUGCUCAUCCAAAGUACCUUUUUCCACAUUUGGCUGCACCUUCUCUUGGGAGGUGGAGACCUUGCCGCAGUCAUGUGUGCCUGGACAUCCUCAAUAUGGGACUGUUGUAAUGCACUCGACAUUGAUUAUCCUUGAUAACUAUUCAGAAGCUUGAGUUGGUCCGGAAUGCAGCAGCAUGAUUACUUGCAAAUUACAAAGAGAUGGAAAAUAAAACUGCAAAAAUCAUAAUGCUGUUAUACGAUCUAUGCCGCAAUUGCACAUUGUGUACAAUAUUUUCUAAAAAACACACCAAACCACACACACAAGGUGUGGGUGCUAUCUAUGCACAUGCCCUGUCUGUACUUAAUUGGCAUAAUAGAAUCAGCACAUUAGAAAGCAGGACAAACACAAAAGAGAACGCCUGCUGGUAUGAAUGGGCAAGAUCAAAGUUGUUCCUCAUUUAUAAAUUCAAAUACAUCUGUGGACUACUCUGGUCUAAUUUGAAUGGGAGAAAAGUAGAUAAACAGCCAAAUGCUCAAGUGUGGACAAGCCCUAAGUGCAGAGACAAGCCCUGAGGCAGAGAUGAGGAGUUCCUCUGUUCUCCUUGCUAACCUCUAAAUAAGACCUCCAACAUUAAUUAUUUCCAGGCGCAUGAGCACUCCCACAAGUCAUCCCAGUGUUUCAGAUUUGGUGUUAAUCGUACCAUUUGACAACAGAAGCAUCUAUUCAGUGUCAAGAGCCCAGAGGCGUGACUUUUUCAGUUCAAAGGUUUUGUAUUGGUCAUUGCACCUGCUGGGGCACUUGAUAUACACCCAGUUUGAGACAUGAGAGUGAGUUGCAGAAGCAAGACUGCUUUAACAGAUGUGGCGUAGGCUACGUUGAGUAAACCUGUCAUUCUCCUCGUUUCAGUGAGAUGGUUAUAGAACUUGGCAUAAUAUGCUGCAACGACCUACUGUAAACAAAAACAACAAUUAAUAUUGAAGACCUUCUUCACGUUCCAGCAACCUUCAGUAGUGUUUCACUAUGUGUAUGGCCUAAUUGGCUAAUGUCCAAUCUAGCCAAUAGUCACAGCAAGAUCAAUCUAAACAAUGGAUAGCAGACAACAUGCACCCACCAUCAUAAUCUGAGGGACUGUUCUGGUCUCUGUGAACUUCCUCCUGUUAAUAACAUUGUUAACUGUAACAUUUCUGUUCAGAUAGGGUGAGAAUGCUGCACCAAAACUGUUGUGGAAAUCUUUCCAGUGCAGUGUUUUCUGCCUGUUACAUUUUCUUCCAAGGUUCACGUCUUACCCACUAAAUAACUGCAUUCAUGAAAAGACCGGUAGUUGGACAGCGAGGCUCAGGGAGAGAAUGCAUCAGCAGCUUUCCCCCCUCAUGUCUUAGAUUCAGACUGGUCCCAACAAAUCUUCUUACUGCGGGAUUCCUACAUUGAACUGUACAGCAAAUCCCACACUAGGAAGAAAACAUUGUUCCUCACUUUGUGUAGGUUAAUUGAAAUGGCAAGCGAAAUGUUGUUUCGGGCAUUGAAAUGACCUCCUUCAACCCCCUCAGCAGUUUAGAGUUGCCAGGAUAAAAUUGUAGUGGAUUUUCAAUUUCAGCUCCUGCCAAUGGGGGAACAAAUGGUCUGGACUCCCCCCACCCCAUCCCACCCCCUACAAGUUGUCAGGGUUAGACAGGAUUAUUACUGGCAGGGUAUCUGGAACUGCAGAGUUCCUUUGUUCCUCCUUCCAUUGCGUUCCUCAAAUGGAAAAACUGACAUAGAUUGGCUUAGUUAAUUCACAGUGUAGUUGGUUAGAGUGCCAGACUGGGACAGAGGACAUCAGAAAUUUCAGGGUCAAAAACUGCAUCUAUUUUGCAGAAUGCUGCUGCUGGAGUUUUCGCAGGCACCCUGUGGAGUAGCCAUCUUACACUUACCUUGUGCCGUGGCUGCCUAUAUGUUGACUGGCCCAAUUCAAGGUGUUACCUUGAUAUUUAAAGCACUGGACAACUUGGGACCUGGGCAUUUGAUGCAGCAGCCUCUCCCCAUACCAGCCAUCACUGAAACUGAUCAAGGGGAUCUUGCUUGUAGUCUCACUGACUUCUUUUGCUCAUUGUCUUGGAAUGUGAGACAUGGCCUUCUUGGUGAUUGCUCCCCAACUCUAAAAUUCAUUUCCCAUAGAAGAGCAGACAGCAAUAUCACCUAGUUACAACCCAUGUUCUCCCCAGGCCUUUGGGAGUACUAAUAGUGCCUUAGGGCUAGGCUGUGUACUCUAUUGUUUUAGUUGUAUUGUAAUGUGUGAAAUUCAUUUUAAUUUAGUUGUGUAUGCUGCUUUAUUACCAUUGUACACAGCUUUGGGACUGUUUCUUGUCAAAAACAGUGAUGAUUUCUAUGAAAUAACUAUAAAAACUCAUCUGGAGGGCUAAUAGGUUUCCCACCACUGGUGAUCAGUGUGAUGAGUAGAUGUUUGUUUUUUUGCUAACUUGCUUAUUAUUUAAAAGUUCCAUCCCUCUGCUUUGGCUUACGGAGCAUACAGUGGUACGUCGGGUUACAUACACUUCAGGUUACAUACGCUUCAGAUUACAGACUCCGCUAACCCAGAAAUAGUACCUCGGGUUAAGAACUUUGCUUCAGGAUGAGAACAGAAAUCGUGCUCUGGCGACGCGGCGGCAGCAGGAGGCCCAAUUAGCAAAAGCACACCUCAGGUUAAGAACAGUUUCAGGUUAAGAACGGACCUCCGGAACGAAUUAAGUUGGUAACUAGAGGUACCACUGUAUAACAGAUCAUAAACAAACAAUAAAAGUAAUUUGGACAAGGAGAUAGACGUUAAGGCAAAGUUCUGUGAACAGGUCUUCCAUUCAAAUUGCUGCUCUGGGGAAAAAGAGAUUUGGUGGCUAUUUCUGUUUAGGACAUCUUAUACUGAGGGAAUGCCAUCAGUGAUACCUGUUAAUAUAUAAUAAUUCUGGUCUUUUUUGAAAUUUGCAGCCUUAGGACUGAACCUUUUGUUAAGUCUAAAUAGCCCAUACCUCUCUUCUAGGAGUGAAUGAAUGUGCACUCAACAAUGGCGGCUGCUCCCACAUAUGCAGAGAUUUGAAGAUUGGCUAUGAGUGUGAGUGUCCUCCUGGAUACAAGCUUCUCGACAAGAAAACAUGUGGAGGUAAUUUGCAUAGAAGCAGCAGCUCUUUGUGUUUCUCUGUACAGCAGCACAUAAUUAUAGUCGCUCCAGGCUCACUCCACAUCCUGAUGGGCUUAAUUACAAGUUACUGAUGAUUUUUAAACUUCCCUUCCAGACAUAGAUGAAUGUGAGAAUCCCGACGCUUGUAGCCAGAUCUGCAUCAACUACAAGGGAGACUAUAAAUGCGAAUGCUAUGAGGGUUACGAGAUGGACACUCUGUCCAAAAACUGCAAAGCUGUAGGUAAGGAAAUGCUCUAAUCCAUUCUGCAUGAUCCAUAGAAAGCCAGGUGCAGGCUUGAGGACGCACAAGUAGAAUUGACAAGUAACUCUGUUGAGAUGAUUGUUCAAAAGUCAAACAUGAUAGAUGGCUCAGUUUGCAAAGUGGAAGGAAAGUGCUUGUUCUAGAAUCUAGAGGAUGCAAACAGCUCCAUUUGGACUAAUUCACAUGCUACAUUUCUACAGAAACAGGCAGGAACUGCUGUUCCAUGUACUUGCAAAGGAAAACCUAAUGAAUGAAUUGUUACUUGCAGAAUUCUAAAAUGAAUUCUUACAACGUUUAGUUUUCUUUGCAAGGUAUAUAGAAUUUGUUUUCAUCAAGCUACCCUCUUGCUUUCACAUUAUCUGUGAGGUGGUAGUCAACAUAUGCUGUAAUACUAAAAUAUCCUUUAUUAGGCAUAGCAAACCACACAUUAUCAAACAAACACCGUAUACAAAUUGUGCAAAAUACAAGCUCAAUAUGCUGUAAUAGAAUCUGUACUCCUUCCUAAAUGCCUUGAUUCCAUCUUAGAUUCAUUCUCUAGACCUGCCCCUUUGAUCUAGAUGGGGGGGGGGGAUCUCCCUAUUAUUUCUUCGGUAACUAGAUAUAAUAAUGGUUGUUUGAAGCAUUUUCUUUCUAAAUUUUUAAUGAUAGAAAAAUCUAAUUGUGGAACAUUGUCUGCAUUAGGACCUCAUGAUAAACCAUAGAAUAUCAUGAUGGAAAUAAGCCUAGCUCCCACCCCCAGAUCAUAAACUCCUCUCAUUUUCUUCCAGCACAGCUGCAAUGAUGAGUUUGGAAGCUUUGCCUUCCAUUUUCAUGAAAUAUUUCAGCCAAUAUUUCAUGAAACUUGCCCUUGAUUUUAUUUUUUAAUAGACAGAUUUCACUGCAGGGGAGAUUCCUGUGUUGCUCUUAAUGCAAUGUUCCCAAUCCUCCAAGUGUUCAGGUGUGUGAACACUUCCAUCUGCCAAGUUGAGAGAAAUAAUGUGUGAGUUGCCACUUAGCUACAGCAAAUGUGACUUGCUAGUGCCGGUAAGAACAGCAGCCACUACUGAUCCUUCCUGUUGUUCUAGCCAGUUUCAGAUACUCCCAAAGCUUCUAUUUUCCUUCCAGCUCAGACAUGCUCUUAUGACAAAGCAACAGAAGUGAGAUCUAACUCUGCACCAGAGAACUAUGCUAUCUUGUAAGCUGCUUAAAAAAAUAAAGUAACUUCCGGAGUUCUGUUCCAUGCAGGGAAGAGCCCGUAUUUGGUUUUCACAAAUCGUCACGAAGUACGCAAGAUAGACUUGGUGAAAAGGGACUACUCUCGCAUCAUCCCCAUGCUGAAGAACGUGGUUGCUUUGGAUGUGGAGGUGGCAACAAACAGGAUAUACUGGUGUGAUUUAUUCUACAGGAAAAUAUACAGGUGCGGGGCUCUCAUUUGGCUACCCAAAUGGCCACGUCUUAUGUCAACUUAAUUGCAAGGUCUUUCAGAACUCUGAUUUUUCCCCCUCUUCGGUGUGGCAUCGGAAAUGUGCCUGUUGAAAGUGUGCAUCUGUGUGCCUUUGGGGUGCAACGCCCAGAUGCAUGUGCUGAGACUGUGUCUAAUUACACAGUGAAACAGCAUUUGCUUGCUGCAACAAAGCUGACCUUCUCUCUUAGGCACUCAGUUCUGAAUCACUAUUGCCCCCUGCUGCACCAUCUGUAGUUCCUCAUGCUUGUUUCCAGCUAAUAAUCAGAGGCAGGUUCACUGUGACCUGCAGACUAGGAAAGGUGAUUUCAAAGAUCAGCAAGCCAACUCCGGGAGAAGAGGAAGCUUUUCUAAGAUAUGGCCAGUUAAUAACACUGAAAUAGCUGGCUGGGGAUUCAAAGAGAGUGAUGGAGCCUACAAAAAAGAAAGAGCCAGCAGAAAUGUGGUGGAAGGGAGACUUGCUCUAUAAACUGUGAACCUUGCAAAAUGUAUAGUAAAGGACAAAGCUAGGAUCUGCCCUUUAAAACCUGGAUAAUUAUUUAACAUUGCACUUCUUCUAUACCGUACUGGCAGCAAAUAUCUUUCAGGCUUCUUUUAUUGCCAAGGGGUUUAUUCUCCUCGUUACCAGCAACUGUAACAGUUUUGCCCUGAGCUUUAUAGCUAUACUUGGUUAUGGUUAUUGCUGUUGUUUUUCCAUCGGUGCCCAUUUGAAGCCCAUGGCAUGGGCAGCUGACUUUUGUUGCCUUCAACAAAUAAGCUACACUUCUAUUUUUCUGCAUAGGGAUGGAGGAAGAGAGGUGAUUUUCAUGCCCUAAGUUCUGCUUUUGCAGAAACCAGCAGCUGUAUAUUGUUAUUGCUGCUUGCUUCUCCUUCAACAGGAAGGGAGAUAAAGCGCCCCUCUUCCCCCCCACUCUCCAUGGAGAAAAGAAGGGUCCAGUUUCCCCUUCCCAUUGGAAUUCUGCAGGGGGCAGAAGCAGCAAGACACUGGAGAAAAUGGGUAGAGAACGGUUAUUCUCCCUGUCUUAUAACACUAGAAUUCAUAGAUAUCCAAUGAAGAGGAAUGUUGGAAGAUUCGGGACAGAUAAAAGAACGUACUUCUUCACCCACCAAUUGGGAUGGCCACCAAUUGGAUGACUUUAAAUGAGGAUAAGAUGAAUUCAUGGAGGAUAAGUUAUUGAUGGCUAUUAGCCAUGAUAACUAUGCUCUGUCUCCAUGGUCAACGACGGUAAUGCUUCUGAAUGCCAGUUGCUGGAAACUGCAGGAGGGGAGAGCGCUGUUUUGUUCAGAUCCUCUUUUCAGGUUUCCCACAGGGCUCUGGUUGGCUACUGUGAGAACAGGAUGCUGGACCAGGUGUGCCAGAUCUAGGUGGGCCUGAUAUAGACAUAAGCUCCAGGAAAGUACAACAGGAUGAAAGCCACCUCACCUUUCUUCCUUGUUCUCUGUGGAGGAAAGACAAGAGAGUUUUGUUUCCACAAAAAGAAGAAAAAAACAACCUAGCUGUACCUUUCUGCCCCCUGAAAAAAAUUUGGGGGAAGUCAGAAAUAAAUUACCACUUAUUUUCUGCAUGGGAUGUAGGGAGUAUAGAAGAUGUGAAUAUGUCUCUCCCCUCCAUCCCUAUUUGUUUUCUGCAAGAGAACAGUGAGGCAUGUCUGGCAAUUUAUGAAAAACCACAAUUCAGAGCAAAACUACAUUUCCUCCUUCUUGAGAAGGAAAAAGAAAAGUGCUAUUUCCCCCUGCAAGUUGGGCUUUGGGGGAAAGCACCAGAAGCAGUAGCUGCCUCUGUCCUGCUGCUAAAGAGUCUUUCCUUAUCAAACCAUUUCUCAAGAAUGGAAGAGCUGGCCGGUAGAAACAACUGUGUAUGUUGAGAGCUGCCCCUAUCCAGGAACAUGCAAAUGUGCAUAAUAUGUUUAUUUGAUGAAUAAGCUUUCCCUUUUUUAGUAUGGCUUUUAUCAUUGUAGAAUGUCAAACUGGGGAUGCAGAAUUAUCCUAUCAUGAUCCUAAUGGUGAAGUUUCGUGCCUUGUUUGCAACUCUUUUCCUUUCCUUCUGCAUAAAGGUGGCCUUUCCUCCACCUCCCUAAAUAAAUACGGUGAUAAUUUUGUCUCCUCUCCGCAGUGCCUACAUAGACAAAGCCAGCGACACAGCUGAGCAAAUGGUCCUAAUUGAUAGCCACUUGAACUCUCCUGAAGGCCUGGCAAUGGAUUGGGUUCACAAGAACAUCUACUGGACAGAUUCGGGAAACAAGACCAUUUCUGUCGCCACAGCUGAUGGGAGUAAGAGGAGGACACUUUUCAGUACUAACUUAAGUGAGCCCAGAGCCAUUGUGGUGGAUCCAACACGGGGGUAGGUGUAAAAGAGGGAACACUCAUGUCAUAUAUUGCUAAACAUAUUCCCUGCUUUCCCUUGGUCCUUCUAGCUUGCCAGACUGUAGAAUGCAAUGCAAUCAGAGUUUAUUGUCUAGGGCGCUUUGCUAAGAUAAUCAGUGCAUUACAGCAUACAGAAGUCUGAUUGCUAGGCAGAAUGAUUUUAAAAUGACAGUAUCAGCAGGACUGAUUCAUACAGUUCUUCAUGAUUAACCAAGGGAUUGGAGUUUGUGGAGUGUUAGGAACAUUAGAGGGUGUGGGAUCCUUCCUCAGAACAGGAAAUUGGAUCAGAUGUCCUUUUGUAUUCUUCCCAUCUUUAUAGUUCUUUUUAGAACCCAGAUUGGCCCAUUCUAGUCUGGUUCUGUUUUAUGAAUUCAUCAACUCUAUCUCCCAAUUCUGCUGAAGUGAUAUGAAGAAUGCUGCAAAUGGCUUUCUUCCUCAGUGCAUUUAUGCCAAAUCAGUCUUUAUAGUCAGAGGCUCAUCACACAGCUGCAUCGCUAGAUAUUUGUGUUAGGCAGCCAUUGGUUGACUUGCUGCUUCGUGGUUAACCUAGAGUUCAUGAGAACUACUAAAAUGAAUGUAGGACCGUUCUCGGCCAAAUUAAUCCUCCUUACAGAACCCAAUCAUCUGAAAUAGUUUAAGUUUUCAGAAGCAGUCUGCAGCAACUCAAAAUUAGCACCACAUUUUUAAAGACAGCUCAGUUCAGUAAUUGUGUGAGCUUUGUCAUAGCACAUGGCCUUCUCAUCUGCUUUCUCUGCCCUUCUCCGAUAGAUUCAUGUAUUGGUCUGACUGGGGUGACAUAGCAAAAAUUGAGAAGUCUGGCUUGAACGGCGUAGAUCGGCAAGUGCUUGUGAUGGACAACAUUGAAUGGCCCAAUGGCAUCACACUAGGUAAGGCUACAAUCCUAAACCCAUUUGCCUGGGACUAAACCCUGUUGAAUUUCAAUAGGACUUACUUCUGAGUAGACAUGAUUAGGAAUUUUCUGUAAGGUGCAUAAAUGGGACCAGAUCAUUGUAAAUUACCAAUGUUCCUGGAAAUAGGAAUAUAGGAAGCUGUCGCAUACCCAGCCAGACCAUUGGCCAAGCAAACUCAGUGUUGUCUACAGUGACUUCGCAUUGGGUUUCAGCUAGUCUUUCUGAGGCCCACCUAGAGAUGCCAAAGAUUGAACCAGGGAUCUUCCUUUUGCAUUCAGAAUAAAUGCUCUACCACUGAGCAACAGCCCUUCCCACAGACUCCUCAUAUCUGUAGUUUUUAAAGCUAACUAAGCAAGGGGGGGAAUAAUUGUAUUAGUCUCAGGUGGGUUUUUUCACCACUCACUUAUAUAUAUGGACAGUCCAUUCAAUCCAAUCAAAAGGUUUGCUGACACAGCUCCUCCUGAAUUUCUCCUGUUGAUUCAGCAAUUUCUGCUCCCUUCGAAGCCUCCUUCAAAACCUUUCUAUAAGGCCAAAUUAGACAGUACAUGUUUUCAAAAAACUGAGAAGCAUCAUCAAAUUCUGUUCUUGGGAGCAGAAAAGGGUAGGUGGGAGGAAGCGGCAAACUGGUCUUCCUUCCUGCUAUUUUUCCACUCAGAAUCACCUCUCACCUGUUUCUCCACUUACAGAGGAAUUGAUACAAUCCUGUCCUCCCAUUUUUCUCCCUAUGCAAGGGGGGGGGAAAUGCUUGAGGAAGCGGGGGUGGGUCUCAAGCAAACAAAUAGCAGGAAGGAAAAGUUCUUUGCUGCCAUUCCCCCUUUCCUCUACUGAAAUUAGAAUCCUCUCACAGCUGCUGUACAGUUUUUUUAAAAAAGAAGAAAAGGCAAGAGACUACCCCCCACCAAGUAUUGUCUAGUUUGGCCCUUCACUGAAUUGCAUAGUAGAUGUUUGUGGAACAAGAUUAGCAAGUAAGCUGGUAAGUUGGUAAGCCAUUUAGCCAAAUGAACCAUAUAGGUAGUUAAUGUCGUAGACUAAAAAUAAGAUAUGAUUAAAAAAUGCCAACUGUUGAUGUUAAUGAGCGUUCAGAUAAUAUGUCUAUUAAUUUAUUCAGAUUCUCUGUUUGGAUCCUCCCCCACAAUCCAAAAGUGCAGAGAAAAGUCAGCCCAGAAAGUGAGGACAGUAUGGCAAAGGGUUGCCUCAUUCCGACAUUGUUCCUGUAGUUAUUUGGCUUCUAUGCAGGCCUGACUCUUCCUUGUAUGAAGCAUAAAUGAACAGAGAAUUAACCCGGGUCCAGACACCACCACUCUAUGACUGGGACGACGACAGCCUGUUGGUCUGUGGAUCUCUAAAUGUGACCCACAAGGCCGUUUGGGGCAAACCAUGCUCACUUAGCCUAUCUCCACGCUGGACAUCAUAUGAUAAGGGAUCUCCAUCUCAGUGCUAUGCAUCACAUUGCUAAUAAGCCUCUGCUUGCUCUCUGAUGGUAAAUGGCAGCAGCAGCAGAGAUUUAUUUCUGAUCUUAGUGCUCUGAUCCCACAGUGCUAAGAUCAGAGAGAUGUUAGUCUCUGCCUGGUGCAUUUUAAAGAGCAAGCAGAGGCUUCUGUCUCUGAUCUCAGUGUUGAGGGACUACGGCACUAAGCCUGGAGUUAAGCCUGUUCCUGUUUCAGCUUGAACUUUCAAUCACCUGAUGUCAGGUGACUGACUGGUGGGUGGCCCCACACACCUGUCAGAAAUGUUGCAUGCAGGAUGAGCCAGUUCUGGGUCCAUUUCUCAGAGGUUGAAAAAGGUUCCCCACCCUAUGGUGCGUGGUAGUCGAAUACACUGAGAUUAUUAAGAAAUUCCACCUGUAGCACAUGAACUCACUUUCAGGUUCUGUCCUCUGUUCGUUAUUUGCAGAAAUGGCUUAUUUACAGUUUCCCAAAAUUCUGAAGCAGUAGUAGUAGUAAGUGUCAAACAGGCAAAUGUACCUAGAUAUAAUUCUGCCUUGAUGUGUUUGCUCUUCAGAUUUGUUAAAUCAGCGCCUCUACUGGGUAGACUCCAAGUUGCACUUGCUUUCGAGCGUAGAUUUCAAUGGCAGCAACAGGAAAGUUCUCAUCUCUUCUGUGGAUGACCUCAGCCAUCCGUUUGGAUUAGCAGUCUUUGAGGUAUGAGAUGUGGAGUGGAGACCAACACUAGCCAGUCAGUUAUCUAAGUCCAGGUAGCAAUGGGAGGCACUAUGAGCAUAUGGCUCAACAAUGGUUGAACAUGAGAUGAGGUACAAGCCAUAUUUCCCAUUCAAGAAGUACAGGGAUGUGUGUGUUGUGUUGUGUUGUGUUGUGUUGUGUUGUGUUGUGGGUGAGAGUAGCACCAAAGAAAGGAAUGAGUCAACAUCAGAAUCGAAGAAAAAAAGGAGAAGACCUUAGCAUUAAUUUGCAACAGUGAGAAGAGACUAGGACUGAAGUUCAAGAGUGUUCCUUUCAGUUUGAAAUGAAUUGGGCUCAGUAAUAGUUAUGUAAUAAGAGGUCACAUCUUUCUUUUUUCCUUUCUCGCAUCAGAACUGGUCAAAAGUUGUGGCUGAAACUUUUUCUCACUCUGGUAGGGAUGGAAAAUGCUAAACAACACACACACACACACACACACACACACACACACAGUGGAUUCAUUACUGUUUAAUUAGGGCCUGAUUUAGUUAGUUAAGAAUUUCUAUGCUGCCCUACAAAGCACUGACAAGGCAGCUCACAUAAAGAUAAACAUGAAGCCACAAUCUAUUUAAGUGAAUUUAAGAGUGUUAAAUUCCACAAAUUCUAUAACUAACACUGAGUGCAGCACUCAGGGUUACUGCUUCCUUCUCCAAAAUUUAGAGUUUCUGGCCAGGACUAGUAUUCACAUAACUAGUCCUGUUAGCAUAAGCCCUGCAGAAGGACUUUCCUCUGUGUGGCCUCCCGCCCCAACAAUUGGCUUGGGGCAGUGCUGGAUUACCAAACAGGCACAGUAGGCACUGGUCUAUGGGCUCCACACCUUUUAACAACAGAUCAAAAUAAUAUUGUGUAACAAAAUUGAUUUAUUAAAAUGGUUGGUUGGUAAAAUCAAAAACGUUGCCACAAUGUGUAGGUCUCUGAAUUAAAGCUAAAUAUAUUAUUAUCAAAUGUAUUGGCAGCCAGAGAAGCCAAGGGAUUUGAUAACAAAAGUAUUAUGCCAAUAUCACCAGUCAUGUUAGAAAAAUUAAACCCCUAAAUCCUAACUCCCCCAAGUUUCCAUUUUCACUUCUCCCAUUCAGCUUUACCAUGUAAUUUUACCAUUUCGCUUCUAUCUUCACCGUUCUACAAUGAAAUGCAGCUCCUUAUUGAAUGGUAGGCUUUCAUAUCUUCUCUGUUCUGUUAUCUCAUCUCUUCAACAUGUAGGAGUUGCCACUAAGUGUGUGUCACUGUCGAAUAGCAAGGCAAAGUUGUUUUGCUUCCUCUUGAAUUGUAUAUCUCUACAGUCUAUCUCGAGCCACAGAGUUCUCCUUUAAGAAAUUGACAGGCCACACGUUUGGACAGAGAAAGAAGAUUAGCCUGGGAUGCCAUUUUUGCUGGGAUGCCAGGGAUCACUCCACUUUCUAAUAAAUCCCCUGAAAUCCUAUUCAUGAACCAUUCUGACCACAAGUCAGAGAAAUGCAGCUCAGAGCACAAGCUGGACUGCUGAUAAGUAGGCCAGGCACGUCUGCAUAACUGUUAGGGUUAUGUCAGAGGAAGUAUCAUCAUAACCUGAAUAUACAGACAUCACCUUCUUUGCUUUUUUGCAAAAUAUAAUAUGGGAGGGGGGAUUUGUCUCUGAAAGUGAAGGAUAAAUUCAAAGUAAAAUUUUCCUUUCACAAAGAAAGCAGGGAAGUUACCUUCUUCACACCUUUCACUUCUUCACAGUCUAAUUCUGGGCACUGAUUGCUAAUCAGCCUGAAUUUUCCAGCACUUGGUAUUGCUGUAUUGUUUAUAGAUUGCCUACCAUUACCAGGAACAGUGCAAAAAUCAAAACAAACCCUGGCUGGAGGCUUCUAUCCUCUUAGUGGACUUCCAUCUGCUUGUGAUUUUGUGCAUCAGGAAUUAUAAGCAUAAAUUGGAUGUGCAUCUUAAAUUGCAAGUGGUGUCUCUCAGCACUGUGUUGCAUGGAUAAGAUGCGCAUCUGAAGGUAAAUGGAGAUGUACGUCCAAAUGUUCAUCCUAGUGGGGAAAAGGCAGGGCAAAUAAGGAGCAGCCACACUUGGAUGCACCUCCAAUUUGUGUCAGAUCCAGCAAGUAAUACGUGCGAUAAGAGAGCCUUCCUCCAUGAAUGAAUCUCAUUUGUUGGAUUGGGGUAAGGAAGGUGUGGCUAGAGAGAAAGAGUGAAAAGGAGAAAAAUGUUGUCCUCUUUGUCCUGUUACUCUUCUCCAUUGAAACAGAAAUAUAAAUGUGUGUAUUGUCACUGUUGUUUGCUGUUAUAUAGGCAGGUCCCCCACAACUAUAUAAUAAAAAGUUAAUCCGAUAUGCAUAACACAUACACAACCGAUAACAUUUUCCAAGGGCCCGUGUAGAAUUUUCAAAGCCCAAAUGUCAAGCUAAAGUCACUGCUCCAUGGGACAGAAACUCUUUCCUUUUAAAGAAGAAGGUGGCCACCCUAGGCAGCAAGAGGAAGGACACUACUUCAAGUAGCAGCAUAAAGAGGGAGGAAUGGAGGUGGGAACUGGUGUGUGAACGGUGCCGUUUUUAAACUCUAGCCAGUAGUGGAAGGCGAAUGUCAUUUGGACACUGAUUAAAAUGGCUUAUGUUAAUUCUGCAGUGAAGGACCCCGUCAUUUAAAUCGCAUGAUGGUUAAGUCUAUGGGCCUAAAAUAUACUGGGCACCAUCCAUUUCAAUGGGCUGUAUGGUAUCUUACAACAGGGGUGGUUGUAAGGUAGAUUAGGAUCUACUGGUAGAGUUUCCUGAAUAAUCUGCAGUACGUCAGCAAAGAUUUUUGACUCCCAAUUGUUUAACGGUAGCAGCAAUGAAAUGACUCCCUCCCCAAAUGAUGCUGCUGAGAUGAUGAAAUAAGGGUGUAAGCAGAAGUAGAUUUUUUUUAUCUAAAAGGAGCAGUGGUGCAGUUCUAUGGUGCACACAGACCAUCGUUCCAUUAGCACAAGUAAUUCUGCUGGCCAGACAGAAUGAUCUACCUGAUCCUCCCAUGUGCUGUUCUGAGAGUUCUGCUAACCCUCCAGAGCAGAUUUGGGGAGAAGCAUAAGGGGCAUGUCGGCGGAGGGGGGAAGCCCUGUUGCACUAGCAGGGGUCCUUGUGCUGGCUUCCACUUGUACACCAGAUUAGUGAAAUCUGGCCCUAUGAGCUCAGUUCUGGAGCUCAGAACAACUCUCUGUGCUCAGCAGCUGUUCAGAGGCAACAUGUUCUUUACAUGUUUUUCAUAUUGGCUCCAGCUGUUGGAUCUGGAGGUUCUGCUAAAACACAAUGUAGAUCUGGCAAGCCUGAAGUGUGCCUCCCCUGCCUCACAAUGCUCAGAAAAGACCUCAUUUCUUUUUAUUUAGAAAGUAUUGUAUAUGAGUUGGUUGUUAAAAAAUGCUAAAGUUAUUGAUGCACUCUCAAAAGGCUCCUGUGAUCUCUGUUCUUGCAGGAUAGGGUAUUCUGGACUGAUCUAGAGAAUGAAGCAAUCUUCAGUGCCAAUAGGCUGAAUGGUCUGGACAUCUCCAUUUUAGCGGAGAACCUCAAUAACCCUCAUGACAUUGUAGUCUUUCAUGAGCUAAAGCAACCUAAAGGUAAGGCCAUUGGUCUUUGAAGCUUAAACAGUCCUGAGUGCUUGUGUAGCUGUCUCUGGUUCACUGAAUGGGAAUAAUUAGCAAAUCCAGUCAUUGAACCAGUACAGGAAAAAAUAGUCUUCCCCAACCAGGUGCCCUUCAGGUGUUAUGGGAUACAACUUCCAUUAGCCCCUGCCAGCAUGGCCAAAGAUUAGAUAUGAUGAGAGCUGUCAUCCAACAUCUGGAGGAUAACAAGUUUGAGGAAGACUGGGGUAUGAGGAUCAUUCAGUUCUGAAGUAAUAAUAGUCUUUAUUACAAUUACAAUUUUUUCAUUACAAUUUUUUCAAUACCAAAUUUAAAAUACAUUUGAAGAUUAAAAAAAUAUAUCAUCAAAAAGUCUUCAUAAAAGGGGCACAUCCUAUCCCUCUCAACUAAAAGGUGAACACCAAUUAAGAGCAAGAUGUGUAGGUGAAUAGGAACAUCUUCACCUGGUGCCUAAAGACUGAUAGUGAUGGCACUAGACACAUAUCUCUGGUGACCUUGUGUUGGAGGAGACACAUGAAGAAAGACCUCAGAUUAUGAACACAAAGUCUGAGUUGGAUCUUGUGGGGAAAACCUUGGUCCCUAAGGUAUUGGGGUCCUGAGCCGCAUAAGGUUUUCUAGGUCAAAACCAGAACUUUGAAUUGAGCCUGGAAAUUAAUUGGCAGCCAGUGCUCUUGGGUCAGGAUCAGUGUUGAAUGAUAAAACUUCCUACUUCCAAUUAACAAUCUGGCUGCUCAGUUCUGCACCAGCUGCAGUUUCCAAACCAUAUUCAAAGACAGCAAGCACCACAUACAAUGCAUUGCAGUAAUCUAACCUACAGGUUACCAGAACACAGACAUGGAGGCCAAACCCAGAACUAAAUUUCAAUUGAAUUGAAUCUAGAAAAUCCAUCUCAUCCAAGAGAGCCUGGGUCUUUAGAAGCAGUGUAACUAGUUAUGGAUUAAAGAAACAAUAAUCUUCUACUACCUUGAUAUUAGGAGGGCUGCAGGAUCUGGUGGAACACUCUGUCACAAGAGACCAGGGCCCUGCGGGACUUGACAUCUUUCCGCAGGGCCUGCAAGACAGAGCUGUUCCACCAGGCCUUUGGCCAGGGCACAGCCUGACUCCCUCCCUUGGCCCAAUGGUUGCCAGUGGCUUGAAUUAAUUAAUUUUAUAAUGAAUGAUUUUACGAGUGUUGUUUAUGCUGUACUUUUGUACCGUUUUAUUGUUGUUAGCCGCCCUGAGCCCGGCUUCGGCUGGGGAGGGCGGGAUAUAAAUAAAUAAAUAAAAAAUUAUUAUUAUUAUUAUUAUUAUUAUUAUUAUUAUUGUUAGAGGCCUCACACCUCCUUCCCAAAGUCCGGGAAACUUCGGCCCGGCUUAGGGAAGAAGGUGCAGUGCUCUGGCAGGAUCUGAGAGCCCUCCCUUGCGUGGUGAGUUCCAGCACCAUUUUUUCUAGAAAAAAAAGCACUGACAAGAAUGUUUAAUUGACCUUUUUCAUUUUCUCUUCUCACAUAUAGCUCCAGAUGCUUGUGAGCUCAGUUCUCUGCCAAAUGGAGGUUGUGAAUACCUGUGUCUUCCUGCACCCCAAAUCUCUUCACAUUCUCCCAAGUAUACCUGUGUUUGUCCUGAUAAUAUGUGGUUGGGUCCCGACAUGAAAAAGUGCUAUAAAGGUAAAAAGCAUUAGCCUUUACUCUGUGAACCUUCCCGCACACUGUUUAGGGCAAAUCCACUUCUGCUUUUAAUAGACACUCCACCAUUUCUGCUUUUCAGAACUCUGUGAAUAAACAUGUUAUGUUCAUUGUUUUUAUUCUACACUUUUCAUGGCAUUAUAUACACUUUUUGCUUUUCCCCUCAGUCGUUUCCGUUCAGAUGUAGGAUGGGUUGAUAGCUGACAUUUUUUCCUCUCUGUUCUCCAGCUCCGCUAUAUCCCUAGAGACACUGAACUUCAUUCAUCAGUGAACUGGGAUGGGUGGAGACAAUUAUGAUUGGAGAGGGUUCAUGUUGUAUGUCCUUUAUCCCCAGCUGUAGAAUUGGAAGGUGGGAGGGUGACUUCUCUUAUUGUGAAAGAUCUUGGAAACAGUUCAGUAAAACAACAAAUCCUUAAAUAAGUGAAUUAGAUUUCUUGGGCAAGAUUGCAUGCAGUAUUCUAAGCCAGGAGUACUUGAGUGCCUUCUCUUUAACUAGAUUUCCAAUUAACUUCUAUGUGAAAUAAUUCCCUGUCUUCUGGAGAAAAUGAAGCUGUUCUGUGUAGCUGUUGAGGUGACUGUAUAUCGCUUAUGUUUUCAGAGCUUCCAACUACCUCAACUAAUGUGCCUACUACUCCUGCUACUACUGUUGCUACUGCUACAACUCACUUGUCCAAUUUUACUGCCAUCACUACGGUUGUUAUGACUACUACUACCACCACCAUUACAACUGGCAACAACAGUAACGAUAGUACAGAAGGCCAAGAGACCACAUCGCGCAUCUUCCUGGGCACUACAAGCCUACAUUCACUCACAACCACAUCCAGCCUGGCAGACUCUAAGAUAACAACAACAGGAAACAGCAACCUCUCCCAACACUGUAAGCAAAGUGACUUUGAACCGUUCUUCAUUCUGAUUCUCCAAGGCUCAUAACUUGGACAGUUAGGCUAGUAAUGGUGCAGUUUGGUUGAAGUAGUUGGCAUUGCACAUCUCCCUGCAGAAGUAAAAUUGGGAAUCUUUUGUCUAUUCCCACCCUUUAUUUAAUAAAAUUCCUAUCAGUUUAAUAUAAACUCUCAUCACCAUAGUAAAGAAUCUAGCUUCAGGAGUUUCUUCAAGAACCUUGUUUUCCUGUGGGUACCAUAGUCUGUUCUAUGGUAAUAGGACCAAUUUUUUAAUUAAUUAAUUAAAAUGGAAGAUCUGCCUCAGGAGUGAAGAACCUGUGGUCCUCCAGAUGUUAAUACAUACCUGAUUUGUUUCUGUAGCAAAACUCAGAGUGAAUACUGAAAUUCGUUCCCAACUUCUUUUUUACCUCAGGCUGCAAGCCAAACCAAUGAGGCCAUGUGCCUAUUAAAACGUUGGCGGGUGUGGUAGUACUUAUUAGCAACAUUAUUUCCUUAUUAGCAAGCUAAUGUCUCUUCUUAAUAGCCUUGUGUGCCAUCAGGAUUCUCUUCAGAUAACAAUUGGCCUUUUAAGUUCUUUCUUACAAAAAAAUAAGAGGCACCAGAGGUUCCUUACUUGGCACUUAGUGAUAUUUUAAGUGUGAACAAAUGCUUUUGGAACCAGUGGUUUACAGUCUUCACAGUUUUGUGAGAGCUUGUCACACUGAAAGUAGAAACUCCAAUGUACGAUAUGGAAAAAAGCCAGUUUUGAAGCAAGCCAAUGAGCCCCAAGAAAUCACCACACAGGAAUUGCUCUUCCUUGCAGGACCUGGAAAACAUCAGCAGAUGGUGGUAUAUCUGAAUCCAAAGUCUCCAUUCACAUAAAGAAGCAAAUGCCUGGCAGAUAUUAGGUGUUCCUUGUUUCUCAGCUCUGAGAUGGAGCUCCCAUUUGCCUUUCCCAUUGUAUUUUCAAAGCUAGUUCACAUGCAUGAAUGGCUUCAAGAGUUAUCUGCAUCCAUUCUUGUGUGAAAACACACAACGGUCUGUUACCCUAAGACUUCCAAACACACAUGGCAAAGUAAAUUUUCAUACAAUUUUCUGCCUUUUCACUUAUUCCACUAGUGCACACCAUGCAGACACAAAGGCCUCUAAGCAGACAGGCUAAUGAAUCACUGAAUCAGCGUGGCAGUUACAGGGGCCUGCUAUGCCUAGUGAGAUCUAUUAAAUUGGCUAUACCUGCAAAGUCUGGUGGCAUCUCCACCUACUCCCUCACUGGAGUAGAAUCUAGCUGAGGUGGGCCUAAAUAUUCUCUAAAACCCUCAAUUUAUAUCCAUAAAUUAAUCCACAGAAUUCAUCCCCCCCGUCAACUUGGUGUGCCUUUUUCUAGUUUUGAAACUUGCUGCGCUACAUAGAGGAUUAUGGCUACAGCAGUGAUUUCUCUGUACUUUAACAGCAACAUAAUUCUGUUUCUAGAAAAGCUGGGUUCUGUAUAUUCUGGUGCAUUUGCUGGUGCCGUCCAUGAAUUGUUGUUUGAUUGAAUCUUCUCUGGUUGCAGAUGCCAACAGUGGGCAAGGUUUCGGAUCAACGGUGAUGGCUGCCAUUAUUGGAAUUGUGGUUCCUGUUGGUAAGCAUGUUUUUACUAUAUUUAGAGUGAAUUUUCCUGUUCACUUCCAUUUUGUGGACCUGAAUAAAGAAUUAAGAAUGGAAACACCCAUGGAGAGCCAAGUUGAGAACUACAGUCUCCCUUGUGGCAACCAUAUAUGCUUAUUCCCUUCUCUCUUUUACCCCCCUAGUGGUGAUUGGUUUGUUGUGCAUGGGAGGGUAUCUCAUCUGGAGGAACUGGAAACGGAAAAACACGAAAAGCAUGAACUUUGAUAAUCCUGUGUACAGGAAAACUACAGAAGAGGAAGAUGAAGAUGAAAUCCAUAUUGGGAGAACAGCACAGAUUGGCCAUGUGUAUCCAGCAGUAAGUGUUUGAUUUCUUUCUGAAUGGUCUCCUCUUUUAUAAGGUAUGUGGGUGUGUAUCAAAACCAUUAACUAUUUUACCUUCACAAUAUAGAGGAAGGAGAUGCAUCUUGGUGUGAGCCACCAAAGACUGCAUUGGCCAUGUUCAUUAUAUGGUCAUGACACUGACCAUCACCUCCAACAGCUGUAUCUACAAAUAAGUGGAACAAGCUAAAGCCUCAGGCACACACAUGAGUUUUAUGGAUCAUUUGGGUGCUGCAAAAUUAUAUCAAGUCGCUGAAAUGCAUCGUGCAGAUGUGCCUUUAAGGCUACAAUUCAAAGCAUAGUUAUUGGGCAAGGUGGGAUUCCUUUCCAUACACUAGGAAUUACCUUCAAAUAAAAAUGUAUAGGAUAGAUGUCUUUUGAGGUAUGGAAGAGCAGGAAAGAGCAAGAGCAGCACUUCUUCAUUUAACAUGGGUAGAGAUUAAGAGUCAGAUGCUUAAAAUAUGCAGUAGCGUUUUAAGAGUCUGCAUCCAGACUCUUAAAACGUUAUUGCAUAUUUUUACAGUACUCUUGUCCUCUACCUUAUGAGUAGCCACACUGCACAUAAAUGAGGAUGUCAGAAUUUGAUUCCGAAUAUUAAAACAUUCCACUAACCCAGGGCUGGGGAACCUGUGGCCCUCCAGAUGUAAUACUACAGUACCCAUCAUCCCUGACUGGCCUCCGCUUCAGCCUCCAAGUCUGGUCUGCUCUCUGCCACAGCCUCUUCCUCCUCAGCAAACCCUGUUCCCUCUUCAGCUUCCGACACCUCCUCCUUCUGCUCCCUCUUCUGUCUCUGAACACUCGUCGCCAUCGUCCCACCACCAAGCCCCUCGCUCUGAGCCUUUCCCUGGGGCUUCCUUUGGGAGUUUUCCUAGCUGGUGCCUCCCACCAUUUCUCUGCAUCCAGCUAGUCCAUGACACCAGUAUCCUGCCCCACACUGUGAUUUCCAGGAAGCAAUUCCUUUCUUCCCUACAUCACACCAAAACUAGAGGCACUGACUGUGGCGUUCGUACGGAGCCUCUGGUCGUCUCACGGACUAUUGACCGUACACCACUAAUCCGCUGCCACCAACCAGGUCUUGCAUGGUAGAAUCAUUUCAGUCUCAGUCAGCUUCUCAAUUAAUAAAAAGAGUGUAUUUUAUUUCAGACACAAACAAACUUUUACGGCACUCCAAACGUUGUUGCUCUUUACUUUCUUAGUCUUAUUUUCCCUCUCUCUAUCUCUUCUACCUCCCCACACUCAAGAACCCACUGCCCUGUCUCUCUAUUACCAACUGCCUUUCCCAACCAGCCAACCCACUAAAACCAACCAACUACCCACCAACAACUCCCAACGAACUCCUCCCAGAACUGGUUUUAUAGUCCCACUGACUCCACCCCCCUGGGUCCUGUCUGUGCAACCUAUUUAACUAUUUCUCCUCCAGCACUCUCUCAUAUAUGUUAACGUCACACUGACACCUUUCUGUUUUCCUUCCCAACAGCGUGUAGCAUUAAGCCUAGAAGACGAUGGGUUACCAUGAGGACCGCACCUGCACCAACCCCACAGCCGGUGGAUUGAUAGAUAUGCACUGAACACGCCUGCUGUGGAUCACGGAGUCCACUUUCUUUUAUCUCCUUCUCUCCUUUAAUGGUUUAUUUAUGUUGCAGAAGGGUAACCACAAAGUAAUAAUGAACUGCAAACAUCCAAAGGAUGUGAGAGUUUUGUAUGUAUAAUCUUUUAUACACCUUUUAAGCUUCUUGCACUAUCCAUCCAUAAUGGCGAGGAGGCUGCUCUACUGUGGGGCUACUAACUCGGUGUAUAGAACCAGCCAGACCCAAGGGUCGGUAGCAUAUGUGUCAUUUUUAAAAGCUAUAUUUAUAGAAAUUUUGUAAAUAUGUCGGACAUACUUUGUGGCUAUCCAUCAACAUAAGAAAGAAAAGGAAAAAAAGAGGUCUAUACAAGCCGUUUAGGAUAUUUAUUAACAAAUUCUGGAUAUAAGGUUUGUUCUGUACAUACACUUAGAGAAUGAGAGUAUUUAUUUUUUGUAUGCUUGGCUCGCUGUGC